AUUCGUGGUUCUCUUGCUGUUAGCUUGACGCCUUUACACCAACUCCGGAGACGGCGUCAGUGACAGUUGGUCGGUUCGUUACUCAGGUGAGUGGUCUUCAGCUUGUCCACGGUUCCGGUACGUUUUAUCAGGUAUCCCUACAUCUGAAUUUUUAUUCAUGUCGAUUUGUAAGCCGGUUAGACUCGCGAGGACGAGACGUUUCUGUCACAUGAGAAGGAGGAGGAGGAGAGAGGAGGGCUAGAAAAACACAGAAAUAGGCUUUUUAAACAGAUAGCUUUGAGCUAGCCUGGUCAGGUAAGGUCGACUGUUAGUGUAAUGUUUGCCGAGGAGAACCGCAGGCGUCGUAUUGCUGUCGUGUGACGAACGAGUCUAUCCCCGGCUUAUUUUUAGAGCACACAACCGAAGCAGACAUUAUUAAUGGUGUGUGUUUUGCCGUGUAGUUAACCCACCAUUGCCUCAGUCUGUCUAAGCUUGGAGCCAGCAGAGCUGCACAAAGUGCACAGGGAGGGCUGGUGAGGGUUAUUAUGUCGCUGCGAGAACAGAAUAGUUUUACCGUGACAACAAACAUCCGCCCCCCUGACAUGUAAUUGUGUUGUGUUAUCACUGGCAGAACUGGGAAUACCCUCCGGUCCUCCGAGAAGAGGCAGACGAGGUGGAGGUGGAGGCUCGGGCCCAGCUGCACUGAGCCCUCUCCGGGACUGCACAUCUCUCCCCCUUAUAAUGGAAUAAUUUUUCCUCCAUAUCACGUCUGUUUUUUGCAUCUCUAAAAGGAGCGUAACACCUUUCCAGAGUUGGACAGUCAUGCUGUUUAGCAUUAAACUCCAGCAGCAGAGGUUCAGCCCAUGACCUGUAACCAUGAAGCAGCUAGGGAAGUGACCUAGGUGGACACUACAGCCUGAGGGUGCCUCUCACAGGCACCAUGGCAUCCAAGGAGAGACUGUAUGAAGUCUGGAUGCUCUACUGCACUAAGGUAAGGCAUAACUCUUUUCACACACUCUCUCUCUCUUUCUCUCUAACUGGAUGCUUUGUGUGGGAAAUGUCAUCAGGUGAAGUAUUGGGCAGUGAGAUGGCAUUUCCUCCAUUGCAAAAAGGCUUAUUCACUCUUGGCAUUUAAAUGUAGGAAGUCUAGUGUAAGUGGUCGUUUUUGAUAACAAACUGAGCAUAUCUACACACCCAGGAAGCUGGUUCAAAGUAAGUCCGGUGUGACAUUUGGAAUCGAAUGCCAGUGGCUACUUAUUGCUGCAAUGAAAACAUCUUUUUAUACCACACUGUGCACUUUCAAGGCCGCCAAAGCAUUUAAAGUAGGGAUGCACCGAUUGGAUAUCGGCUCCGAUAUUGACAAAUUAACUGGAUCGGUUAUCGGAUGAAUGACGCUGAUCCAGCGUUCCGAUCCAGUCACUAACUUUUGUAGAUGUAGUCAUCUUGUUUUCGCAUCCAAUUUUGCUUUUUUCCGACUUGGUAACCGAAAUGCUGGGAACUCGGUUGUUACGUCAUUUUCAGCUCAGACUUCUGACUUCAGAGGUAACUCGAACGCACCAUAAUAUCAUACACAGCAACACAGCAAUUCUGUUCACUCUAUAUUCUAUGUUUGCCUAACCUUUUGCACUAAGUGUUGACAUGGAACUCUUACUUCUUUUUGCUGUGUGAUAAUGUGCAAUUUGUUAUUUGUUAAUAAAUAAUAUUAGGUACAUUUAUAUCUGUGUUAAUUUGUUACCUUUUUUAACAAGGCUAAUAUCGCGCCUGAUGCCUUCACUCACAGGGCAAGGUAUACAGUUCAUUCACUCAACAGUAGUACUGGAUCCGUAUUGGAUAUCGGCCGGUAUUGUGCAUCUUUAAUUUAAAGUAACAUACAAAACAUUUAUUCGGCAACAUCUGCAUCAAGUAAACAUUCUCAAAAGACUUGUCUUAUCGCAUAUUUUACAAACAUCAGUGUUGCCGACUGUCUUGACCAAUUAUUGUCGAGCCUCUCUCCUCAUGCUCACUCCAUCCCUCUGCUUCACUAACACACACCUGCCUCAUCCUCCCCUGCCAGUACUACUCAGCUCUCUUGGUUUGUGUGACUUUAGCACAUUUUACAAACGUCAGUGUUGCCGAUUGUCCUGACAAAUUAUUUUCAAUCCUUUCUCCUCAUGCUCACUCCAUCCCUCUGCUUCACUAACACACAGCUGCUUCAUCUUCCCCUGGCAGUGCUACUUGGCUCUCUUGGUUUGUGCGACUGUAGCAGAGCAUAUUUUAUAAACAUCAGUGUUGCCGACUGUUCGGACCAAUUAUUAUCAAGCCUCUCUCCUCAUGCUCACUCUAUCCCUCUGCUUCACUAACACACACCUACCUCAUCUCCCCCUGGCAGUGCUACUCGGCUCUCUUGGUUUGUGCUACUGUAGCAGAGCAUGUUUAAGACGAAGCGGCCCCCUCUUAACAGAUUUCCCAGCAUUUCUUCAGACUCCCGAAACCUUGCAACGCUCUGAUUUGUUGCCAGAAACUAUUAAGCUGUAAGAGGAGAGUAGAACUGAGGGGGUGGGCUGGAGCUGGCUCUUUCAGAGACAUCAAAUAAUGGUGACUUUGAUUUUUGCCAUAAUAAAGCAGUCUUAUCACAUUUUCAGGGCACUAAAACAUCUAAAACAACACACAAAACAUUAUUGGCUCUUGAAACACCCCUGUUAAAGCCUGAAUAAUGAAAUUGCCUGAAGAAUUUAUUGGCAGCGGAUGCUGAAAGGCAUAAAUAAAUGAUAAAGUCACAGAGAACUAAUGUUACAUAAGGCAAGGUAUUGCAGAUGGUGUCUCUGUAGCUGUGGGCAAGGAAACUAAAUUAAUGAUAAAAUAUAUGAUAUUUAUCAAAAAGAAAACAUGUUCAAAAGGAACUUUUAAUACACAUUAAACAGUAACUGAUUAUAAAACUGUUCUUGUUGACCACUUCAGGUUCGAACUUGAUGGGAAAAGCUGCAGUGCAUACAGGGAACUGCUUUGUUUUUACAGUGGAGAUGAAUGGAUGUCGAGGCGUAGAGACAGCACCCUUGAGUCAGCUGUUGGCUACAUUUAAUUCACUUGGCAGUAAAGCAUGCGCAGGUCCCGGUGUCCAAUCAAAACGGCCCGCCUGAGCCGCUCCUCACGUGAGCCUGGCUGCAGUCACACACUUAAAUAAUCCCUGGCAGCAACACGCGCGUUACACAUCCCUCCCUGGAGUAUUUACUCCAUGAAAGCAGAUCUGUUUUCUGCAAGUUUGGGGACACGACAUCGAACAAUCGCCAACCUGAGACGCUAAGCAUGAAAGCUGGGACAUUGUCACAAGCAGAGCGCAUGUGGAGUGGGCGUUGAAAAACAGAAGUCAGACACACUCCUUCCCACACACACUUGUCACAAUGACCUGUGAAAAUGCCAGCAAUUGCUACAAGCGUACACAUUGCAUUUGCUCAAGAUGGAGUGUGUGUUUGCAUUGACUAAGCAUCACACUGCAAGGAAGGAUCAUUUCAUCUCAUGCUGGCUACAAGCCAGGGUCCACCGAGCCAAUAUUUCUCUUUGCAUGAGGCAGAGGAGACGCUGAGAGGGAGGCAUUUAAAUAUAUAUGUGCAGCGUCCGGCCUCUUUCCAAGCAGAUGAAAUGAGAGGCACGGCGGGUUGUCCCUGUGAUAUAUAUGCGUGCGUGCAUGUGAGGGAUGCCAGGAUAUGUUGUCUGUAAGGAGAACCUGCAGUCACGUGGAUGUAAUCAGAUGAGGAAUGCUGGUCGGGACCCCCCUGUGACUCAUGAAGGGUUAAUUUUUUCACAAGCAGCCUCAGUCCUUAGCUCCCCUUUCUAGCCUCUUAUUGUCUCAACCCAGCACAACGAUUUUCUAGGGGCCUAGUUAAGUGUAGUUUCACCUGAAAAACCUCACCCUGAGGUUACAUUGUCAUUUUUAUCUGGUUUGUUUUGGUUCCCCGUUUCACUCCUAUAACAGCGCCUUAAACAAGAGGCCUUCACAGAAAUUUUACGCACCACUCAGGAAGGAAUCCCACAUGAUACCGUGUCUUUAUCCGUGUGGGAUUAACAGGACCUGGCAUGGAGGCCCAAUUGUCUCUGUAAAGCAGAGUUAAAUGGAACUCUAAGAUCGGUAAUGACAGUUAAUCCCUGUCAAACUCCACAAAAACCCAGAGCAAGCAGCGGCGGUUGAACCCUCUCCUUCUCUUACACCCAUAUUAGUCAAAAUAAAAGUCCAUGUGAGUAGUAACGACAAUCUUUUGGUUUCAUUUUAGUAUCAUUCUAACCAAAACAGCAGGAACUAGCUGUUGCUGUCUCUAUCUGAGGCAGUAGCAGCACUUUCACUCUGUUAUAUCAUCGUUAUUGAUCGGCACCAAUAAUAAUAUAACACAUAUAACACCUAUUGGAUAAUACUGAACAGGCGAAGGCCAUUAAACUUGACAAUACUGCUCAGUCAGAGGACUUGAAAGCUGUUUGUGUCAUUCUUCUGCUCAUCACAGUUCCCUCAUGCCAUCUGUCUGUUUAAUGAUUGAUUAAACAUCACUGCCUCUAGAGCCAGAGGUUAACACUCACACCCGAUCAGAUGGGUGUUGUUGACAGUGGAAGCUCGUACAGUGCAGGAAGCCGCUGCUUGCAUUCAGAGGACCAGCUCGCCCUGCUCUGUCAGACAUCAGAUGUCUCGUCUUAUCUCUUGACGUUAUUAUUAUCAUCCACCUGACUGUCAGCGGGUUCCUGGUGCUGAAAAGGAAAUGGGUUGAUAAUUAAACAGAUGUGUGAAGCUUUAAUUAAUGUGACACAGAAAUGAUAAUUGGAGUCUUGGUUUCAGAUCCAGCAGUGACAGAUGUAGACUUAUUGGAGGUGAGGUCACAGAUUGUUUGGUCAGCAGCUGUGGCUUCAAAGUAAGUGUUGAGAAGAGUGGAGGAGUUUGGCUGCUGAUGUGGACUUGUGCUGAGCGGAGACUGUACGGACGGAGUAACUGCAAUUUUAAAAGAAUUGAUCAUGGAGCUGGAUCUGUCUCUUUUUGAGAGACUUCUACGGAGUAUUUAACUCCUGCUCAAAACAGGCUGAGCGCUCAAAACAAGGUGUGCUGAUGUUAGUUGCAGCUCAGCUCACAGCCCCCUCAGAUGUGAAACAACAGAGACACUCAAAAUUAUUUGAUCGUGGAGCUGGAUCUGUUUCUUUUUGGUAGACCUCUGCGGAUUAUUCAACUCCUGCUCAAAACAGGCUGAGCGCCUCAAAACAAGGUGUGCUAACAUUAGCUGCAGCUCAGCUCGCAGCCCCCUCAGAUGUGAAAUAACAGAGACACUCAAAAUUAAAUAUUUGAUCGUGGAGCUGGAUCUGUUUCUUUUUGGGAGACCUCUGCAGAUUAUUCAACUCCUGCUCAAAACAGGCUGAGCGCUUAAAACAAGGUGUGCUAACAUUAGCUGCAGCUCAGCUCGCAGCCCCCUCAGAUGUGAAAUAACAGAGACACUCAAAAUUAAAUAUUUGAUCGUGGAGCUGGAUCUGUUUCUUUUUGAGAGACUUCUACGGAGUAUUUAACUCCUGCUCAAAACAGGCUGAGCGCUCAAAACAAGGUGUGCUGAUGUUAGUUGCAGCUCAGCUCACAGCCCCCUCAGAUGUGAAACAACAGAGACACUCAAAAUUAUUUGAUCGUGGAGCUGGAUCUGUUUCUUUUUGGUAGACCUCUGCGGAUUAUUCAACUCCUGCUCAAAACAGGCUGAGCGCCUCAAAACAAGGUGUGCUAACAUUAGCUGCAGCUCAGCUCGCAGCCCCCUCAGAUGUGAAAUAACAGAGACACUCAAAAAUAUUUGAUCGUGGAGCUGGAUCUGUUUCUUUUUGGGAGACCUCUGCAGAUUAUUCAACUCCUGCUCAAAACAGGCUGAGCGCUUAAAACAAGGUGUGCUGAUGUUAGCUGCAGCUCAGCUCGCAGCCCCCUCAGAUGUGAAACAACAGAGACACUCAAAAAUAUUUGAUCGUGGAGCUGGAUCUGUUUCUUUUUGGGAGACCUCUGCAGAUUAUUCAACUCCUGCUCAAAACAGGCUGAGCGCUUAAAACAAGGUGUGCUGAUGUUAGCUGCAGCUCAGCUCGCAGCCCCCUCAGAUGUGAAACAACAGAGACACUCAAAAAUAUUUGAUCGUGGAGCUGGAUCUGUUUCUUUUUGGGAGACCUCUGCAGAUUAUUCAACUCCUGCUCAAAACAGGCUGAGCGCUUCAAAACAAGGUGUGCUGAUGUUAGUUGCAGCUCAGCUCACAGCCCCCUCAGAUGUGAAACAACAGAGACACUCAAUUUUAAAAGAAUUGAUCAUGGAGCUGGAUCUGUCUCUUUUUGAGAGACUUCUACGGAUUAUUUAACUCCUGCUCAAAACAGGCUGAGCGCUUCAAAACAAGGUGUGCUGAUGUUAGUUGCAGCUCAGCUCGCAGCCUCCUUAGGGAGGAAAACAGACACACUCAAAGGGCCACUGUCAUUAUCGAGGCGCUCUUUUGACUAGUGGAGUAUCGUGUGAUGAAUAGAUUGUGAUCAUGUUUUAUUUAAAUACAUCUUUGUCUUCAUCAUGAGACUCCACGUUGGCCACAAAGGCUUAGUCCUGCUCGGUCCUCAGAGCUACAGAGGGCUGAGAGGUCACAGACGGCGCUAAGACUGUUAUGUAACCAGCAAUCCUUUUAGCUGCCUACCAUUGGUCCGUGCCAAAGUGUUUUCCCUGAGCAACAAGGAGCUGCUGGUUGCCCGCCGGUGUAAGGCGGCAGCAACAGCGCUGCAGCUCUUCUUUCACUUGUUAAUCACCAAGACAGACUUGAGAGGGAAAGUGGAGGGUUUAGCAGACUUUUGUUGACUUUCAGACAGAGACGUUUGUUUACUGUAGAAAAGCUCUUUUAAUUCACUAUCAUGGGGAACAUGUAUCUCUACAGAGCCCCCAGAUCAUUGUCUCCAUAUGAUCCAUUUAUCAUGCAGGUAGUAGCUCAUAUCUUGUACCAAAUUCAUAUUGUAUUUUGUGUCCAAAAUCAAGUUAUUCGGUGAAGACAGGAUGUUACUUUUUGCACAAAACAUGGAUAUCUGCUUAUGCUAGCAACGUAUUUAUCUUGUACAGAGCUGGCUCAAGGCAUAAGCGAACUUAUGGGGUCCCCAAGAGAAAUAAGAAAAAAAUAAUUUAAAAAAUUGAAAUAUUUUUUUAUUUUUUGCAUUUAUGAGUGAUGCUUUCUGUAUGAUCAAAUAUAUAUUAUUGUUAAAAUAAAAUAAAAUAAAAUAAAGACAUUUUAGUGCUGCUGCUGAUGUAGGCCUAUGAUUCUUACUACCCAUAUGUCAAAGCCCCGCUACUGUUAGGUGCCUUCUGCUGUGCAAUGUGCACUGAGCAUCCAAAACGCAGGUAGUUGUGGGGCAAAAUAAUGUCACAAAAAAGGACAUAGAGGAGGAAAAAGAGGAAGAAAGAGGAAGAAGAGAAAAAACGCCAAGAUAAAGGUAUGUUUGCGUGUCAUGGGAUGUUAAUCAAAGAGAUUUGUGAAGGUGUGUGAAUGAUCAACAAUCAAUAUUAUUGGCAGAAGUAGAGGGCCCCAUUGAGGCUUGGGCCGGCUCUUGAUACCAUUCGAUAAUGCAUGUGUAUGCAUGAGCUAAAUCAGAGUAAAUAAGUAUCUUGAAAGAACACGUUUUUUCUUGUGCAGAGGAUCAGAUACCCUGUAUGCAUAAGACAUUAUCUCAACUCAAAAUGUGUUAAUUUUGCCCAAACAAGAUAACAAGUUUGUUCACGGUUAAGUGUGCACAAGAUAAUAAUCUGUUCCCUCAAGAUAAAUUGCAUUUGUACACCAAAGAUCGUAGCACAAUAUCACACGGUUUUACAGCUGGGUCUGUUUCUCUGUUUCUCCAGUCAGUGGCUCUAAAGCGCAGGCCUGUUUUCAUAUUGAGUACACUAAGCAGUGUUGAGAUAUACAGAACUGUCAUCCUGCCUAAUGUCCCCUCUCCCAACCCUGCACGGUGAGCAAUUUCUAACUAGAUGCUGCAAACGACAGUAAUUUGCAUAAACCCCUUACACACUUACAGGAGUCAGGCUCCAGUGAAAGGAUUGGAGAGAAAGAGCGGAGGGAGAGAGUGAAUAAAACGGAAGAGUGGAGCCCGGAGGAGGAGGAGGAGAAAGUGCCGUGGUUUCACAUAUUUGCUGGAGUAGAUUACUCAGGUCUUUUUCAUGGCUGUGCUGCUUGUUUGCUUGUUGCAGUCUAAUCUCAGUUGUCACAGACACACCAUGCCACACACAGUUACACAAACUCCCACACCCAAGCUUUAGUUAAGUAUGCAAAGUUUGUCCCCUCGGGCUGGUUUUCUAUCUCAGCUCUGCUUAUUUUAUUCCGCGUCCUCGUCUUGCUUCUCAUUUUUCCUCUGAGCUAUGAAUAUCUCCAGAAUAACACUGAUGUCACUGACAUUGUGUAGCAGACGUGCCUCAUGCGGUUUUAACCCCUCCCACCUCCUCUCUCAGAAUACACCAGCUGCUGUGACAUCACGGCCAGAGGAGGUGUCACGGGCUGAUGGGGAGUGAUGAUGUCGGGUUGUGAUGAUGGUGCAGGGAACAGAAAGACCACAGCCGUCUUUUAAAAACCUACAGGGAGGGGGCCUUUAAACAUUGUGGUUUCAGUGACUCCAUGCCACUUCCACCAAAACCAGGUCAUCCACCCAAUCUAAGCAAGUAGCCACCCUUAGGCGACGGCUGCAGCUGGCAGACCGCGCCUGUCUGGAGGGGCGGGGACUUGCUGAGCUGCACAUUGUGUGGCUGCAUGGCAUAGCGAAACAGAACAGCUGAUAAUAGAUCAAUCAGGUUCAGAGUUGGUUAAAAGAUUCAUUCGUCUGAAUCGGCUUGAAAGCUUCAGUCGCCACAGAUAUGAUUGCAUCAUUAGCUUUAGGUUUUUUUAUGUGGGUCAUAACUUUUUAUUAGAGCAGUAACUCUUUAAUUUGUGUUUAAACUGACUCGACUCGAGCAUGACGAGAUCUUCCCUUGACUUCUGUUUCUUUUCUGUGACUUUAUUUUGGAGCACUUUUGGACUUUCUUUAUCAGAUUGUUGACGCGGUAUUUAUCUUGUUGUAUCAUUUCUUCUUUUAAUAAUUCUCUGUAAAUGCCAGUGAGACCUGUAACAUGCUGCAAAUCCAGUUUUAGUUCUUGUCUGAUCAAGAUUUCAGAUACUCAACAGUUCAGUACAGGUCACCUUGUCGUGGUUUCUGAUUGGAAAUGAUUUAAAUGAGUGUCAAGUCAAAUUUAGCACCUGGAUACUUCUACUCCUGAGCCAUGCUAGUUUUGUUUGGAGAUGCACCAAUCCUUUUUUUUCCCGAUCCAAUCCGAUACCAUUACUUGGGCUGAACGCAUCGGCCAAUAUCCAAUACCGAUCCAAUACUACUGUUGAUUGAAUGAACUGUAUACCUUGCCCUAUGAGUGAAGGGAUCAGGCUUGACAUUAGCCUUGCUUGACAUUAGUGGCGUCAUUCAUCAGCUAUCCAAUCCAGUUAAAGGGAUAUUCCGGCGUAAAAUUAAGUUAGGGUCAAACACACCAUAGUUAGACACUCCAUUGAGAGAUGAAUGUUGCCAACUGUUUGCUUCUCUAGUUAUACCAACCUAAGUUACCACAACAGCGAUACAGAGAUUCACACGCUCAACCAAAACGCCACUCUAUAGCCACAAAUAAUGCUCAGAACAGCACCUAACUUCAUCAACAGUACAUGUAGGUUCCCAGCCAUAGUGCUAGCCACAAAACAUCUUUUUAACUUUGACUAAUUUCUUUAGCAAAGAGACUAGACACAACUCACUUACUCUCUUCCAGCAGCCGCUUGUUUGUAGCGAGACGUUGGGCAAGUCCAUCGACUGCAGCGGGGUACGCAGCUCAAGGAAGAACAUUUCUGCUGUGUAUUGCUAUCGUGCGGUCGUUACUAAAGUUGGUAAAACUAGAGAAGCAAGCAGUCAGCAACAUUCAUCUCUCGAUGGGGGUGUCUAACUCAGUGUUACAGUGUGUUUGACCCUAACUUAAUUUUACGCCUGAAUAUCCCUUUAAUUUGUCACUAUCAGAGCCGAUAUCCGAUCCAAAUAUCGGAUCAUGCAUCCUUAGUUUUGAUCCAAGCAGUUUGUUAUUAGAUGGAGUGUUGUUCCUGUCAACACACGGCUUUUGCUCUUCUCAGCGUUUUCCACCUCUUACAUGUAAGUGAAUGAGAGCUGUCAGUGGACCCAGACAUCGAUCCCCUUAUCAGCACUCCCUCUGUUGUAGUCCCCUCUGCAGGUCAGCAGAGGAUCUCAAUUUCAAGAAUUAAGUGCAUUGAUCUGUGUUGCUGGCGGUGACCUUGUUAGCUUAACAGAGGUUAGCUUCAAUACGCCAUUAGAGAUGCCAUGUCAGAGCAUGGCAGAGGACAUAAUAUGAUAAUGGAUGCAUGGGAGAGACAUGUGAGCCUCUUGUGGGAACCGUUUGAUAGACUCUGACACACAAGGUGGUUGUUAAAGAGCUUGGACAAGGUGACCGUUGUCGAGUCGGGAUUCCUACAUGUGCAUUCAGAUCAUUUUGUGUGCUUGUGCGUGCGUGUCAGGCCGGCCGGCGAUGAGGGCCGAGGAUAAACAGAACCACGGAGAGCAGCAGGGUGUGUCCCCGCCUGCCUCAGUCCAAAACCCUCAAUGGGCAUCUGUGCUCCCAAGCUGCUGCCUAAAAGAGGGCAUUCUUUCACACAAAUACACACACACUACAACUACGACACAGCCAUUCAGUCACUCAAAUCAUCAUCUAAUGAGUUGCCAGUCCUCAUGGUACACAUGCAUUUGAAGUUUAUGUCUUCUUAAAGUCACCGAAUAAUGCAGUUAAAGUUCCGCAGCACCAAGAGUCACACACACACAGACGACAUGGCAUGUUUUUUUUUUUCCAAUAGAACAAAUUAUUCACACGUGGCUGUUGCUGACUCAGUUUGAAAGUCUCUCUCCUUCUCUCCCACACACACACACACACACACACAGGAGCCAUCAUCACAGGCUUGUCCUGAUGACUUCACGAAGCUCGCAGAGAGAAGGCUUCCUGCCCCGUUCUGGCUGAUUCCCACUCAGACACGCAGACAGAAGCAGCAAGCCUUUCAGCCCCCUCUCUCCCACUCUUUAGCCAGAUGGCUCAACUGCUGUCCUCACAAAACCCAAAUUUUUUCCAGUGGUUGUGUAUUUUUCCCCCCCCUCCAGUUUCAAGCCCUAAUCUGUCGAUUCUUCUGCAUUAAAGUAAAAGCUUCAGAGGAAAUGGCAUGAAUUUUUUGGGGCUUCCGGUUUGUCUGGCAUUAGCAAGAUGGGAUAUUUUUAGUCAAGAUCUUUUGCAGAGUCAAGGUUCAGAUAGAUUUAGUGCAGGAACAGAGAUUAAAAACAAUGCUUAAGUGAUCCUCUCUGCAUUAUUUUCAUUCCCUAUCCGUUUUAUUUACUUUCUACGCUAGCUUGGUAAAUCCAUACCUCAGUUGUAGCUCCUGUAUGCACUUCUCUUUUCCCUCUGUCAGCAUCAGUCAUAUCAAACUGCCUUUAUGAUGACUGACAAAUGUAGGACACAAACUGCGAGGGUGGGAAGAUAAAGGGAGGAUGUGUGAUGUAGCUUCAAUAAUACCUCACUGUAAAAUCCACAAUAAAGAUUGCAACAAUAGUUCACAGAUUCUCUACAGGGUUCAUGUCAGGUGAGUUGCUGGUCAAAUCAAAAAUAGUCAAAUUACGGUAGGAGUUUUGGCGCUGUGGGCAGGUGCUAAUUCCAGUAGGACAAGAUAAAAGCAUGACGUGCUUUACAAUCUUCUUUUUUCCUCUUCACAGUGUGUUUUUGGGUGGUCUUUAAGAGGGGAAAUGGUUCAAACCAUCUUCCUGGGCAAUGAUCUCUGUUGCAUUACGAUGCGGCAACUUAACCGGUUCUCCUAAAGCUGUAAUACUAAAUGCACAAUGUUGCUGUAAUCUGCCCCUGUCACCUCUUCAGCCCUCCUUGACCUAGAUUGCUCAUUCACACCCUCCAGAUGGCCCAAAGUCCUUAUGACAGGAUGUUCUGGGGGGUUUGGGAGAAGUGAUUACUCUUGUCUGAUGUAUUAAUGACUCUAUCUGAGCUGCAUGGGGCCACCUGUUUUUCCCAUUAGCUGCUUCAUUAUCGAAGUCAAAGCAGAAAAUCAGUGGAAACAGUUUAAUGAGCUUGUUUAUCUCAAUGUGUCUGACUGUUGGGACUUUAGUACAGUUUGACGCUGAGGUAAAACUUGUCCAGGAGACUCUAGCAAAAGAAAACUUUUAUUUCAGUAAGGCUUGAAUAAAGUUAAAUAGAUACGUAAAUGAAAAAAACAAUACCAGUUGGGCAGAUUGAGAGUCGGCUAUCUUGAAAGUAUCAGUGUGUGAAUAAAGAGAUGAGUCAACCUGAUGCAGCCUUCUAGGCCUUGGAAAAGUCUGACAGAUUUGUCGGCUGACUCUUGAAGGAGCAUAUAUUUAUAUAUUUAUUUAUAUAUAUUUAUUUUUGAUAUUUCUUUUUCGUAUUCAUCUUUCUAUUCUAUUCUUAUACAUACGUUUUAUUUUACUGUUCUGAAGAAUUCUUGUCUUGUAUAUAUAGUACCUUCUUUCUUACGACUAUUGGUACUUUUACUACCUUAUUUUUACUUGUCUAUUGCACUGGAAAAGGAGAAGCUCUCCAGUCUCGUUGUACUUUUAGUAUGACGACAAUAAAGGACAUUCUGAUUCUGAUUCUUAUUCUGAGCGUUCAAAGGCUGCAGCCCCAUGAUCUUGACACACCUACUUAGUUCACAGUUUGUUUGAAGUCAUUUUAGACCGAUGCAGUAACUUCCACUACAGAGCCAUGUCCAUUUUUAGCUCCUUAAAUGAUAUAAUGUACUGUAAAUUGACUUUUAGUAAUGUUGCUCUGAAACCGUUGAACUAUUCGCUUUCGCAGUCUCUCACAGAGUGAUGAACCUCUUUCUAUCUUUACUUCUGAGUGACUCCGCCUCUCUGAACGCCACUAACCUGCUUCAAAUUAACCUAAAAAGUCUCUGUCAAGCUAAUCAGUGUUUUGUUUGUUUCCACGUCCAAACUCUUCUGGAAGUGGGGAUCUUUCCAUUUUGUCCUUGUGGGUCUGGACCAGGAACAAUGACCCUGCAGGAAAAACAAGGCCAGCCUUCCUCUGUGGCUGAUGUUGCCAUCCCAUCCUUCGCUGGGCUUUGUUCCAGGAAUUUCGGAAAUGUUGAUCAGCCGGCUGCUAGAAACUUCCGCUGGGAAUGCAGCCUGGCUAGUUUUGCACUGAGACAGGUGCAGGUUUUAGCUUUACAACUUGAAGUGAUAAGAUAUACACACCACCUGAGUCAUUCCUACUGUGGCAUGUUUGACAUUCUGGGAUGGCAGCUCCAUUAUCCACUGGAUUUCUUUCAUUUCAUUCAUUUGUUUUAAAUUUUUUAAGGAACUUGCUGGUUGUAGAAAACAAAGUUCAGGUUUCUUAUUUUAAAGGUUUUGUUUUUUCAAAGCUUCGCGGUCCUUAAGGAAUAAGAAUAAACAAAACAGCAUGAGCGUUUGAAAGGGUGUGUCAGGCUCUUGUUUUCGUUGUCACUUCUAAGAAUGAAGAGCAACAAAAAUAGUGUCCUAUUGUUGUCUGGCUGAAGAAGUCAAAAAGACGACUCAGUAGAUUUAAACAUACUGCAAAAAAGACCCGUCAGCUGCCAGACAAUAUUAGAUUUAAAGUCUGGACACUUAUUGUCAGCAAAAGCCACUAACCAUGCACAGUGUUGUAUAUUCCUGGUUUUAACUCAUCCCUCCUCUUUCCUCCCUGUCUUAUGUUUCCUCAGAGAGAUCCAGACUACUUGAAGCUAUGGCUGGAGAUCUUCAUCAGCUCUUAUGAGCGAUGCCUGGAUGUGGACUUUGAAAAACCACCUUCAAGGUAACUGUCUUCACAACUGCUAUCAAGGCCAUCAUUUAAUAAAAACCUUAUUUACACAUUUGAUACUCCAUAACUGCUCAAAGGAAAUGACCAUGCUCAUGUUUAACCGUGGUUUGUUUGCUCAACAGUUUAUCAGUUACAUUAUCCAGUGACUGUUUUUGACCGUUAGGUUAUCAGUUUCAGUUUCACUCAUCAAACCGAGCGAACCGCUCUCAGCUUUAUGAGGAUAUCUCUUGUCCAUCUCUUGUACUGUGCUGCUUAUCACAGCAUGACCCAAAGUAGCGCGGCUACAACAAACUGCUUUUAUGCGGAGAGGUCACAGUUUGUUGUAGGUGAUGCUCUGAUGGAGUCAAAACAGAACCAUGUAGUGUUCAGGUUAAUGUGGGGGUAAGUCAACAGCAGACAGAGGUGAGAGAAAUCAGUCAACGCAGAGAGAACCGUGUGAAAAAGGUGGAGCAGAAAAGCGGAAUAUGGGUGGCUAAAUCUUGUUUGUAGCGCUCUUCAUCUCCCUCCUUCACUCUCUUGUUUCCUUAUUCUCCUCCUCCUCCCUUGACUAAUCUCUCUCAUCCUCUCCUGCUUUCUCCCUGCCUCCUUUCAUCUUCCUCUCCGCUGUCUUGUCGCCUUUUUGUCCUCCCGUCUUCUCGUAAUUUUCCUCCUUCCACUCCUCCUUCCCUCUCUGUUUUUUUCCUCUGCAGCUGUCACAGCUGUGCUGCUUUCCCACUGACACUCAUUGCAUUGGUUUUGCUCCUCUCUCUUUCUCUCUCUCUCUCUCUCAUAUGAGCAGUGCAGCAAGCAUGGUGUGUUUCCAAGGAAUUAGUGCCUCAUUGCACCAGGCAUGUGUGUGUGUAUGUGUGUGAGACUGAGAGAAAGCAGAGCAGGGCCUGCUCCUCCACAUUGCCCUUGUGUAUAUGUACCAGGAUUAACCUCCAUGAUAAGGAGCUACAUUUAAAGGGUCCCUCUGUGAUUUGCACCAGUUUUGACAUUGAGCCGAAGCCUGGUAUCUAAAAGAAACUCCUCCUUCUCCUAUCUAAUGAAGAUUACUUGUCAUUCCUCUGUAUCUCCAGGCCUGAGGAAGUCCCCCCAGUGUUGACGCUCCUCCCCGACAACAUCCUGCAGGUUUUGCGCCACCAGCUGCUGCAGUGCGUCCAGAAAGCUUCUGACGGCCUGGAGCCCGAGCAGCAAAACCUGGCUCUGCUGCUGCUCAAGUUCCUUAUUAUCAUCUGCAGGUCUGGACAGAUCGCAUACACAAAUAGCACGGCUAAUUACAGCGUAAAAAAAAAAAAAACUGUUACCUAUGAAUCAUUGCUUAGUUUAGACUCUUCAAAUGAAAUGUUCAACUUUUUUGUCUGUUUUUUGUGUCUCUGAUAGGAACCUGUCCAAUGUGGAGGAGAUUGGCACUUGUUCUUACAUCAAUCACAUCAUCACCAUGACAACCCUCUACAUUCAGCAGGUCUAAUUUGACCCUUUCUGAUCAUUAUUUUUGGCACAUAAUGAAUUGAUUUAAUAUUAGGUGGUGUUCCAGCUGGUAUUUGAAGUUGUAACGUUACCCACUGUAGUCAUAACAUUAAUGAAUUUGGUUGUAGUGGUCCAAAAGAGGCCCAUGAUAGCAGGUAAUAACUGGAAAUGUGUUUUUUGUGUGUGUUUUGUUUUAACAGCUGAAGAGUAAGACCAAAGAGAAGGAGAUGGUGGACCAGAGCCAGGCGGAGGAGUUUGUCCGUCACGCUCUGGCUUUUUGCGAGAGCCUCUAUGACCCGUACCGCAACUGGAGGCAUCGAGCCUGCGGGUAACAACAUCCAGCAGCGAGCUUGAUAUUACUUUACAUUAACAUGACAACAAUAACACAACUGAAUGUGCUGAUUUUAAAAAAAUGGUUUUACACUUUUUUAUAUAUAUAAAGAUUUAAAUUAAAGCUCCUGUAAGGGAUUUUAGGCAAAGUGGUCUUUUGCCCUUUCAGUCUAUCAUUUAGCGUUCACAUAAGACUGUUUCUUCAGCUGUGAAAAUAUGAUGAAGACAUUACGUUCAGACUCUCAAAAGAACCUUUUUUUAACAGGAAAAACAAAGAGUUGCUCAUCUUGUAAUGUCUGAGUUGUUGUUUGGUUUUGUUUUCCUGUUGUACCUGAGUAGUUUGUGUGUUUUUCUUCCUUCAGGGAGCAGCUGGGUACAGUAGAGCGAAGCAGACAGAAGUACAAGGCAGCUCCGCUCACCGUCGAGUUUGUUCCUUUCUUUUACCGUAAGCUUCUUUUUUUUAAUUCAUCCUAUUUUUUUAGUCCUGAGUGUGACAGAAAAAUCUCAACAUGGUCCUGAUAGAAAGACCAAAAGUGAAGUCAUUUAUACCACAAUUUAAACCUUGAAAUGAGACUAUUCGGAUGCUUCGUCAUAAAGAAAAUUUGCUCGUAAUCUCAGAGCAGUUCUCGCUCUUUUGUCCUCUUUCCUCUCUCUUUUUUGUCUUCUCUUCUUCCGCCAUCUUUUCUCUAAGUGCUUCCAUGCCGCCACUCUCCCUUCCCCGCCGCGUCCUCUUGAAUCCACUCUUUGUUGCGCGCGUUCUGUUUGCCAGGCGCAGAUGAGCCGAUAGUGAAUGGUGUCUGUCAGGGCCACUUCAGCUGCGCCGGCAGCCAUUUUGAACAAAUCCUCCUUUCUGUCCUGCGUCUGGUGUGUGGCUGCUGUGGUUUGGCACUAAAAGAUAAUAUCCAGCGCUCGACCUGACAGACAGACUUUGCCCGUGUGUUUUCACUUUUCAUACUUUUGUGUUUGAGGGGAAAAAGUUUCGCUUUCUUUGAGAGUUUUUGAGCCUCUUUUGGAUGAACUUCUUUUUAAAAGUAGAAGCAGGGAUUGGAGGAUAAGAAGCAGAAAUCACGGAGCCAAGAUGUCCCCCUUUUUCCUCCCCAAUCAAACGUGUUGACAGAUGAGUUAAUGGAUGACUGGGACCACCAUGACCUGGAGGUUACUGACAGGGCCGCCACAUGCCUCCAUGUCUGUGUUUGUGCACUGUGUGUGCUCAGUGAGGCCCUAUCUUAUCUGGUGUGCAUGAGAGAGUAUCUUAUGAGAGAGAUAAAGGUGUGUCUGUGUGUUUUGUUUCUAGACAAAUCAUAGGAGCACUGACAGUUUGCUCAGAGUUAUGACUUUGUUUAGUUGGAUUUGCAUAGCUGACAUCACACCAACUGACCGCACUAAUAGUGUUUGCGUGUGCGCGCUUGUUUCAGAGUGCUUCCAGGAGAGUGAGCACCUAAAGGAGAGCCUGAAAUGCUGCUUACUGCACCUGUUUGGAGCCAUAGUAGCAGGUGAUCAGGUAAGCCCUCUAACUGACCUGGAAGUCAAAGGUUCAAUCCCUGUAAUGUGUCCAUAUCACCUUUAACAGUCCUGGAGCUGCCGCACACAUUCACUGCUCGAGUUCACCAUGUUGACAAGUUCUGUAGUGGCUUUUUACGUAAUGGACCUAAUGAGCGUUUGAGGUCUGAAGUCAGCUGUCUGUGUCUUUUAAAGCUCUUUUUAUACGGCGGUCCGUCUUCCUUUGAGUCUUUAUGUGUCGGCACAAUUAAGCCAUCGUCGUGUAAAAGCAGCAAUAAAAGAGCACGAGUGGAAAAAUGAGACACCCAUCCUGUGAGAUGAAGCACAUCACAGGCUCUUCAGCCCAGCUGCAGUCAGACUCUUAGCGUCUGCAUCUCUAUAUGAUUAGAAUAACCAUCAUGUGUCACUCACUGCAUGGCAGCAGCUUAUUACAGUCUCUCUCAGGUUAUAUAACCUUUACACCUACACAUAUUUGAUUUAAAACACGUUUUAUUCUAUCAUUACAGUUCUGUUUGUGAAUAUAUACCCUAUUACUCCAAUUCUGUAAGAGUUAAACGCGAUAAAUAGUGUGGAAAAAAUUCCUGUUCUGUGAUAAACUGGAUUGAGAAAUAGUUCAGGGACUUCAGGAUAACGUUCCUGAGUGUAAAAUUAAAAAGAAUAUAGAUCGAUUUUGCCAUUUAAAGGGUAACUGUAAAGAAUCUGAUCCUGAAACACUGGCAGCAUCUCCGGGCACCACUCUAUUCAGAUCACUUUCUGAAAUCAUGAACACUUAUACCCCUAUACAAUCCUUGUUUUUCCCUUUCUUCAGAGGAAUGCUCUGCUCGCCAUCUCCCCCGCCACCAUGGAGGUGUUGAUGCGGGUGCUGGCCGACUGCUCCAUGGGCAGCUGCUCCUCAGACGAGGGCGAGGACUGGGACAGCGAGGCCCCCGACCGCAAGUCGCUGCUCACCCUGGGCUGCCUGCGGGAGGUGGUGCAGCGGCUCCUCGCCUCCAGCUCCGACCAGCGGCAAGUGGAGAUCGCUUCUGUGCUGGAAAAUUAUUUUAAGCUGCUCAACUCGGACCCGGCGGCUGUGGUGGCUGCGAAACAGCAGCAGCAACAGCAAGCGAAGGGGCGAGUGCCAACUCUGGGGCGUCACUGGGAGAGUAGAUUUGUGGCACUGCAAGUAAAUAUGCUAGGUAAGACUUCAAAAUAUUAAAGGGAUACUGACUGUUUCGUUUAUGUUGUUUUAUUUAGCUGAAUAAUACUUCUUUGUAUUUCUUUUUUUUGUCCAUUUUUUUGUCUGCCUCUCUUUCUCCCUCUGUCUUUUUUCCUGCCUGUCUGUUUCCAUCCUUCCCGCCGUCUCUCAGACACCAUCAGGGACAUGUUCCUGUGUUCAGACAGGCCAGUUCUUCAAGCCAUCUUCCUCAAUAGUAACUGUUUCGAGCAUCUGACACGACUGCUGCAGAACAGCAAGGUAACAGAACGAGUCCUCCCAUCUAAAUUUAACAUGAAACCACUGCUGAGUUUGAGCGGCGUCAUAUUCUGUCGGACAGUUCUCUUGUAAUGUUUCUCGCUCAAAUUGGACAAAAUUUCUUCUGUAAUAAUUCCCAGAGGAUCAUUUCUAGUGUCUAAUUCUACAAGAUUCAAAAGCUGUUUUAAGUUCAAGUCUUAAAUCAUCAAGACUUCUCCCUGUGCACCCUUGUUUCCAAGCUGUUGUCUCUAUUUAUGGAGCGGUCCGCUCGCUUUUAAGACUCCAUCAUAGAUAGUGAUUAAACCUUGACUCAAGGACUGGUUUUGCGGCAUCAACACCAACUUAUUAUAUGUUGCUUUGAAAGUACAGAGAGAUUUCCUGUGGUGAGGAAUGUAUUCACAAAGACUUUACAGCUCGGAGGAGUCCCGAAUUGCACCUUCAGUUCCCCGCUUGGAUUUUCCCUGAAUUACCUCUUCACUAAUCUGACUCUGUUGCCGUGCAUGACAUCAUCCUUGUUAGUGUUAGUGAGCUGGGACUGUCCACACAGAGAAAAGAGGCGAUUCUGUUUUAUUAUUUUAUAUACUGUCCCGACUUUUUAAAAUUAGAUUGGUAAUAAAUGCAGGACUUAAUCCACCAUUAUUUUAAAGCUGUGAUUAGUGUUGUUUCAGGUUAAGUAUACUAAAAAACAGAUUUGUCUAAGCAUUUUUAAACACAUCUGUGACAGUGUAUGGCUUAGGUGAACAAAGUAGAUCAUUUUCCAGAGAUAAAUCAUCUCCUUUAGUGUCUCAGUGGUAUGAACAUUUGAUUUUUAUUAACUUAUUUAUCAGUCUUUUUAUUAGUUUUUGUCAAGGUAGCUUUAAAUUUUGAUUUUAAGUGUAAUUAAUCAGUGUAUUAACUCAAGAACUGACUCUCUUAUAUCUAAGUUGGUCUGUUAGUUACUUUUUUCCCUUCGAUUGAAAUUUGCCCCCUGAUAUUUUAACCAUGUUGUGUAUAUAAAAUUACAUCUUGGUGAAUUUUUAGCCUGUAUACUCUGUUUAAAAAAGAAAAGUUCAGUUUUGUUUAUGUGUUUUAUGAGGUAUUUAUCAAUGGCAGUGUAUUACCCACAGGAGACAUUGGUCAGUGCAGCGGCAGCUCUAGGCUUUCAGCUGCUGCAGACGGACUGUUUUUACUGCAUAAUUAAGCCACUAAACGCUGAAACAUCAAAGUCAUUCUGAGUGAAUGCGUCAUAGAGAAAAUUCACUGAAGGCCACUGUCUGUUUUGAGACUGUUUUCAUGAUGCAAUACAUUUGCAUAUUCCACCUGAUGCACAUGUAUGUUUUGCAUAUCCAUAACAGUGUUGAACAGAGUGAAUGUUCUCUACAUAGCAUACAUUUAAACUGGGAAUGGUGUUUGUUUUUGACUUGAUUCAAAUAAGCUAGAUGAAGGUACGCGGUAUAAAUGGCUCCGUCUGCAGAAGUGAAUUUCUGGAAAAGGGCCGAGCUGACUUGCAUCUCCUGUAGGUAACACACUUACUGUUUAGAGGUACCUUAUAUAACCCCACUUAAGAAAACCAACAAUUCCUUAAGUCCUCCUGAGCAUUUUGCCCACCUUGCAUGUUUGCCUCCCCACAGCAAAGCUGGAUCGCCACACGCCUCCUCACAGCGACCCCUGCAGAGGGUCCCGGCUUCUAACCUCUCACCCUCUCCUCCCACUUACAACAUCUUUCCUCCCCCUUGGCACCGAUCCUCUGCCUCUCCUCCCUUUUUGUCUCCAUUUUUCUCUUUCUGUCCACCUCCCCACAUGCUGUGUUGACAUGUUGCCUGUUAUGUGUGUGUCAGCUGGUUAAUGCUAGGUGCACGGCGGCAGACAAGGACCAGAAAGAUAUAACCAACAACAGGUUACUGACAGGAGAGAGGGACACUCAGGUACCGCCGAGAAAAAAGCCCCCAACUUCCUCACCAAACACUCACCUGCACUUUGCCCUCACCUGCUGCAAAGUCCCAUCACAUUCCCCUCACUGGAGCAUUGAGCCACUCCACAGCAAGACACCCACAAUGUUUGGUCUCACAUAAUUGUUUGUAAUUGGAUCAGGCCUCAACAGAAACCACACACAGUCACUGAGCUGUCAAGAGAGCUGGCAGGCAAUACGCUGUAGCUGUUACUUAUUCACCAGAUCUGAACGACAUGAUACAUCGCCAUCUUUUUUCUAGUGUGAAUUUUUUUUUUUACAGAAAUAUUCUUAAUUUACUGCUACUCUCAUAAAAUAUAACAGCCUUUAGCAGAUGUAGUUUUGGCUUUGCAAAGACUAUAAACAAGCUGAGGGAUCAGUUUUAUGACAUGAGUGUAGAUCAAGUGGUUAUGAAGUUAGUGUAGGUCUUAAACUUGCUCUGUUGUGGUAGUCUCUAACGGGAAUGACUUCUUUAUGAAAAAAUACAAAUUUUUUAAGGAGCUGCAGUGUCCAACAGCUGCAAAAAUAGUGGAAUUAAUAGGGAAACCUGUUCACCUGUCAAGAGGAAAAUGACCAUGGGGAGGUCACAGAGCUACAACAGAGAAUAGUAUGACCCAAAAUCUGCUACAAAAGUGUAUUAAUUUAUCCACUUUCAUAUAGAUUCAAACUCUUAAGAUAUAGAAAUUUUCUUAAUCAAAGAAUAUCCCAUUAUACUUAAAGCUCCAGUAAGCAUUUUUUCAUGUUUAUAAAAUAGACUAAAACUCCUAUUUAUGGCUUUUUAUGAUUUUCAAGAGUAAACAAAACUACUACUGGCAAUAUUGAUGAUUUUUAUGUCCUAGUUUCUUAUGCCUGAAACUGGCUCGAGGGUUUGGGUGUUAGUUGAACAGCUGAAGAUACAGUCCUGUUUGCACAGUCUAUUCACAAAAUAUCUACAAUCAAUGAUGCAUUUAAGUCAGCAGGAUGGGAUUUUUGGUAAAAAUAAAGAACAGAGCAAGACACGUGUAUGUGAAUAUACGCCGCGUAUGUAAGGAUUUGUGAUUUCACCAAUUUGUGAUGUCACAAAUUGGGCGAGUCUUGUGUGAUUCUUGCUAGCCAACACAUCGAUCACACCAACACAUGUUAACCUCAGAAUUUAAAAAUGCAUUACAGAAUCUGCGGUUAAGACAAGUCUUACAGGUUCACUGUCAGCUUUGAAUCACAGUUUUCACAUAGUUUUAUUUGCACUUUUAACCCAGUUAGAAGCUUCAAAGCAUAAAGCUGUCCCCUUAGAGCGCAUGUCUUUUAGUCUCAGGUCUGCCCUUUAUAGUCCCAUCUAUUAACAAGACUCUUGUUUCUUGAACCGUUCACCUGUUUUCCUCAAAGUAAACCAGCUCCCUUUCUACUCUUUGUUCUUUUAUGCACAGAGCCACCUUUAUUAGGUAUAAUCCCUCCAUUGAUCAGGGUUAAUGUGAACACAGGUGCACAAGCCAGUUUGUAGACGCAGACACUAGUGUCCCUUUGUUGUUGUGCAGCUGUAACCUGAUGCAGAGGGAGAUGCUGCAGCCUGCUUGGCAAGUUUGAAGCCACCAGCUUCAUAGUUUAAAGCAGCUUCUUUGUUUAUUUACAGCAGGAAGAUUCAAAAGCAAUAACAAUACCAAACCUCAACUCCAAAUCUUGCAACACAACACAACACAACACAACUCUCUGUCUUGCUGUGGAGUGACCGCUUUGCCUCUUUCACGGCUGUCACUCCGUUGAUUUAAUAGCCAUUUUAAGUUUCCUCACAGCUUCCCAGCCCCUCACUCCCCUCCUGCACCCCCUUCCCCUCCAUAUUGUCCUGGUUUCUGCGGUUAACUCUGGGUUCAACUGGAAUGCUGUCACAUUGGCCUGGUGUUUGUCCUAAUAGGGUUCAGUGGUUUUGGAUUCAAUGAAGAUGAUCUAAGUGUUCGAUUUCUUUGCCACAUUCCCUCUCCAGCUGGUCCAAGCCUCAUUUUAGAAGUUAAUUUUACCCACAAUAAUGGUGUAAGAUUUAAAACACGAGCAGGACAGAGCUGGACGGAGAUGUGUUUGUGUUUAUCUCGCAUUGUUUGGCACGUGUUUUAUGGGUUGCAUGCUUCUUUUUUGGAUGUCUGCGUGAGGAAAAAAAAAUGAGGUUCUUUUUUGGUGUGACUGUCUGUGUGUGGAGGUGGGUUUUUUAUUUCCUUUUGUCUUCACAAAGCCCUGAGAGCUUCCUGCUCCAGUCAGAUCUAUUAAAAGGAUUGCUUUUCUUUUACCUGGAGCAGAAAGAUGACACUUCUCAUAACUGCUCUCUGAAGUCUGCAGUAGAAACUUUGAUGCCUGCUUCUACUGCAGCAACAAAAAGGUUCAGAAUAUCAUCAGAAGCACAGACAAAAUUUAGUCAAACUCCAAAGCAUCCACUUUAAUCUCCUUUUAACUCCUCCAAGUGUGGUGCAUGUUGUCCUCAGUGCCUUAAAUGAUGAUACAUGAAUGCAGCUUUAAGUUGUGUGCAUGCUUGCCACUUGAUUAAAGUGCUGAAACAUCCAUUAGAAAUAUGAGGGGAUUUGAUUUGUGACCAAUCAUCUGUAACUACUCACAAUAAAACAAAGUGAUUUGUCCAGGAAGUAAUAAUGAAUCUCUCCUCAGGUGUUUCAAGGGCGACUCGACUCCCUCGCUGUAGCAACCAUCAAAGCCCUGACAACAGUGAUGCACAAAUCACCAGCUGCAAAGGUAGCAACACUUCAGAUACGCAUGUUUAAGAUAUUUCUGAACUCUUGUGCCAUGAGCUUGUACUCUACUUUGUAUUUUUCUCCCUAAAUAAUCAUGCAGGAGGUUUUCAAAGAGAGGAUCGGUUACAAUCACCUGUAUGAAGUUCUCACCUCACUCGGGCAGCCGUCACGGCACCUCCUUAAGGAACUGAUGAACAUGGUGAGAGAUGGAUUGUCUGUUAAGUUUGUUUGCUAAGGAGCAUAUUGUGCUUCACUAGUCAUUGAUCCAUUUUAGGUAAGACUGUAUUUGUAUGCAGCACAAUAACCUGUAAGGAUGGCUAAAACGGUCUAAAACAGUGGUUCUUAACCUUGUUUGAGGUACCGAACCCACCAGUUUCAUAUGCACAUUCACCGAACCCUUCUUUAGUGAUAAAUCAAAUAUGAUUUUUUUCCUAAUUCAAGACAUAGGUAUGUUUUUUACUCACAACAAAUUACAUACCUGCGAAUCAGUGUGACUUCUGCUGUUGUUUUUGUUUCAGUUGACUCUGCAAAGUCGGCAGAAAUUGUUCAUAUCCGACGUCUUCUGCUGAUAUAAACGAUUUCUGCCGACUUUGCAGAGUCAACUGCAGAAUUAACGGCGUUCUGAAUGAACGGGGCUUUGAAAAGUCCUGCAGCAUGUGUUAGACGUCAACACUACACAUGGACCAAUCAGGGGCUGCCUUUCCCUGUUGUCCGGGUAACAGUGGAAACACGGUCUCUGAUUGGCCCGUUUAUUUUCUGAUCGGGAAUACACGCUCUCUAUGGGCCGAAAUCCAGACUGUGGUGGGAAGGAACAUCAAGUGAUUGACGCAACAGGAUGGCCCAGCCAGGCUACCGUGGCGGAGGCUCCGCCGAACCCCUGAGACCGACUCACCGAACCCCUAGGGUUUGAUAGAACCCUGGUUAAGAACCACUGGUCUAAAAGAAGGGCCGAAAUUCAAUUCUAAAAGUCACCUGAACUUAUCUGCGCCUGAGCCCAUUUAAUAACAACAACAACAACAACAACAACAACAACAACAACAACAACAACAACAGCAACAACAACAGCAACAACAACAGCAACAACAACAAUAAUAGCAAUAACAACAAUAAUAAUGAUAAUAACUUUAUAUAACACUUUUAACACAACAUGCAGGGAAACAAAGAAGAUAAAAACAACAUAACAACAACAAGAAAACAGGAUUUUCUUGGCAAUAAAGAAAUGAAAUAAAAUAAAAAUUGUUGGGAGACAUAAAAGCUUUGAUGAAUGUCACAUGAGCUGAGACAUCAUUGAAAUGAAGACAUUAAAACAAAGACAAUAUAAGAGCCCAUGAUACCCAGCCAACACAGGAACCCAACCACAAAAUCCUGAGACCAAGGGGACUGUUAUAAAACAUGAAUAAGAAAAGUAAAAGGCUUUAAAGACAAAAUCACAUAACAGCAAGUCUAUAAAUAAUAAUGAUAAUGAUACAUUUUAUUUAUAAGCGCCUUUCUGGACACUUAAGGACAUUUUACAGAGUAAGAGCAGCAACAUAAAACAGCAAGAUAAAAGCAAUAGAGAAAAUAAAAUAAAAUAGAAAAAAAUAUAGAUAUGUAUGAAUAAAAUAAGCAAAAAUAUGACAAGGUAGAUUAUAAGGAGUGUGCUAAUCUGAACAGGUGGGUUUUGAGUCUGGAUUUAAAGAGAGGGAGAGAGUCAAUUUUCCGGAUGUCGGGUGGGAGUGAGUUCCAGAGUUGGGGAGCAGAGCGGCUGAAAGCUCUGCUCCCCAACUCUGGAGCUGCUGGGCUGAGGCGGGCAUGGGGGAACGGUGAGAAGGAUGGACGAGGAAGAUCUGAGGGAGCAGGGGGAGGUGACUAUGUGACUUAAGAUGGAGCUGAAGUGAAAAUCCCUCCUCUGGCAUCAAAAUUUGACUUUCUUUUUGGAAAACAUGGACGCUGAGGGGCCAGCAAGACCAAGCCAAACCACAUUCUGCAUGUAGUACAGCAGCAGCAGGGCUUUAUAAUAUAAUAUAUAAAAUCUUGGUUCAGGUUCUCCUUGUCAGCAUAUCUGCUGACUGCACCAGAAGCUCCAAAUAUUCCUGUCUCUCCCAGAGGCUUAAUCAUAGUCAGAUGAUGGUAACUGGCUUCUGAAAUUAGGUUAGGGAUGUCCUGCCUGCUUUCUUGGUAACCUGAUUGGUUUUGUGGCUCUCUAAUCCAUCGCGCCUGUGCAGCAUCAAGGUUAAUUAUCCUCUGGGUGUUUCUGUGUUUGUUUGCAGGCUGUGGAGGGUGAGCACACCUCAGUGGGGCUCCUGGGCAUCAGUAACGUCGAACCCUUGCUGCUGCUGGUCCAGUGGCUCCCAGAGCUGGACUCAUCGGAGCUGCAGCUUUUCACAGCAGACUGGCUCCGCCGCCUCAGCUGCCUCAACCGACAGACCCGCGCCACCUGCGUUAACGCUGCUAUGGUCAUGCGAGCGCUCGCCGCCCUGGAGCGCCAUGAACGUUUACACCGCUCUUGUGCUGAGAGCCUUCUAGGACUGGUGGGCUCACUGGGCUCCCAGUCCUUGAGUGCGAGAGAACUGUUGGGACUCUUGCGCCUCCUCAGGCCUCCUGAGUCCUCUCAAGCUCACCCACAUGUAGGCCCCGCUCUCAGAGCUCUUCUGGCCAUGGUGCGGAAGCAGGGCUUAGAGAGCGCAAUGCAGUACUUUGAUCUGUCACCUAGCAUGGCGGGGAUUGUAGUUCCUACAGUGCAGCGCUGGCCCGGCUCUGCUUUCAGCUUUCUCGCCUGGUUGUCGCUUGAUCAGGAUCAGCUCGGCCCACCCAGCAAGGACAAGAGGAAGCAGCUCUACAGGUGAGAGGGAGAGGAGAAGAAGAAACAACAAAUAAAGAGAGUUUGAGGUAUAAAGGCAGAGCAUCCUACAUACCAACACCUGCCUAAAUUGCUUUCCUCUUUCUUUUAACCUGUACAGCUUUUUCACCCCUGGAGGGACAGGGUUCGAGGCCUUCAUCAGCUCAGCGGGGGUCCUUGUCGUGGCUGUAUGCACAAAAAAGGAGUACGUCACAGUCAUGCUGCCUGAUUACUGCUUCUGUGACUCCCUCUGGGUGAGUUAGCUUUGAUGGCAUUCAAAAACCUGUCAGUGACAGUAAAGAGACAGAGUUCAAACUGUAACGUUCCCUUUUCUCUGAAUAAAUGUGGCUGUAGUUGAACUUUUCACCUCUCCUAAAGAAGGUUGCGCAUAAAAAUUUCUGAAAUCCCCAGAUCUGGCAGCACCCUACAUUUAGGAGAUUAGCACCUUCAAAUCAAAUGCCUGAGACUAAUUAAAGGAAGCAGAUUGCAGCAUUAAAGACGUUCAAUUCCGCCUGGUUUUCUGUUUACAGCAUAGCAUAGGUGUGGUGCACGUCCCAGGCAAGAGGCCGUUUGGACAGAGUCUGGUGUACAUUUAUGUAGAUGGGCAGCAGAAGCUGUCAGCUCCCCUCAAGUAUCCCACUAUGACAGAGGUAAGACCACCUGGAAACUUAUUUACACCUGGUUCAGCCAUCUAGUCAUUCUGUUGUUCUUUUACUGAAUUUCUGUUUCUCCUUCCACAGCCGUUCACGUCCUGCUGCAUCGGCUCAGCGGGCCACCGAACCACCACUCCCCCACCCUCCCAGAUCCCAGACCCUCCUUUCUCCAGUGCUACCACACCCACCACUCGCUCCUCACUGGGUGGCAUCCUCUCACCACAGACCUGGGGAGGCCUCCUCGGGGGGAAACCUGAGUCCCUGACUAAACUCAUCUCUGCGGGGACACAAGACAGCGAGUGGGGAAGCCCUACGUCUUUGCAGGGCCAGCUGGGGAGCGUCAUGGUAUUUCAUGAGCCCCUGCAGCCCAAUCACAUUAAAGCCAUCUGUAGUGCUGGUAAGGAGGAGAUUAAGGGAUAUGUUAAAGAAGUGAAACAGUAAAGAAAUGAUAAGAUAGGUAAAUAAAGAGCUGUAAAUUCCUUUGACACUGAUGAAACUUUGUGUGUUUGACAAACAAUUGUGUCCUUUUUUUUCUAGGUCCAAACUGUAUCUCUCCAUUCAAAGCCCAGGAAUCAGAACUGGGUGAUUUUUCAACCAAACUGCUUCUGCACUACUCACCCAAGGUAACUUGACCCUACUGAAAGCCAGACUUCUGACAUAGAGACCAGUAUCGGUACCAAUAACACUGUAGGCACCAAUACAGAUGCAAAUGCCGAUACUCAUAGCUACCAAUGAUAACCAAUGGUAAUGGUCAGUACCAAUACCAGGAUCACUAUCUGUACUGAUACCAAUAUAAGCAGCAGUGCAGAUAUCACCACCAUAUUGCAAUCGCAAUAUGCAGUAGGUACUUAGUUUAUGGACCUGUAUUUAUCGGUAUCGGUACCCAUAUCAGUAUCAGUCAUGGUAGGAAUACCAAUAUCAGUAUUAGUGCUGAUAACUUUUAGUAUUAAAGCAAAUUCCAGCAUAAGUAGCAGUGCAGAUGACACCAGUAUUGCUACCGGUAACAUGGCAAUAUGUAGUAGGUACUUCGUUUAUGGACCUGUAUUUAUCGAUAUCAGUACCUAUAUCAGUAUCAUCCAUGAUAGGAAUACCAAUAUCAGUAUUAGUGCUGAUAACUUUCAGUAUUAAAGCAAAUGCCAGCAUAAGUAGCAAUGCAAAUAUCACUCGUAUUGUUACCAUAAAAUUACAGUAUGCAAUGGGUACUUAGUUUACAGACCUGUACAUUGGUGUCGGUACCUAUAUCGGUAUCAGUCAUGAUAGGAAUACCAAUAUCAGUAUUAGUGCUGGUAAUUAUCUGUAUUUAAACAAAUGCCAGCUUGAGUAGCAGUCCCUAUGCUUAUGUAAGUAUGGCCACUGGUGACAUUAUCAGGCUAAUAUCAGGGUUGAGACUAGUAUCGAUGCAAACACUAGUAUCAGUAUUGAGAUCAUUAGUGGUACCAUUAUCAGUAUCAUUAUUAGUCAUUGUUAGUUAGUGAAUUUGCGAUCUUAAAACUAAACUUGGUUCAUGUGUCCGCAGGCCUGUAGGAAUCCUAUCUGUCUCGAUCUGUCCCCAAACAUGCUGCACGGACGCCUUACUGGAAAUAAGGUCGUCAACUGGGAUAUCAAGGUGGAUACAGCGUGCAGCUCGUGCUAUCACAUAAUUUUUUUCCCUUUAUCUUUUUACUGCUGGAAUGUAAAUUCAGUUUGAAUACGAGCUGCUGUCUUAUCUGCUGCAGGAUAUGAUAAACUGUGUGGGCGGCCUGCCAGUGCUCUUCCCCGUACUGGAGCAGUUGUCCUUGGUGACCCCUGAUCAACAGGCCAGUGACCCUGGCGCUGGGUCCGAUUUCAUCACCCCGGAUGUGACCACUCCAGCUGACGGAGACUGGGUCAUCCUCCCAUCGAACAGGGCAUCAGGUCCAUAAAGUAUUCCUUUAUUCUGCUUAUUUCCUGUUAUCUUGAUGUAAGAGUGGAACUGGGUCAAAUCGAUUUGAAUUUUUUAUUUCAGAGGCACGACUGGAGAAAAAUCUAGUGGCCACCUUCCUGUUGGUACUGAAGCAUUUCCUGCAAAGACAUCUGAUCAACCAGGAGAAUCUGCUUUAUUCCCAUGGUGUGGCUACACUGGGAGCCCUGCUGCAGAAGGUUUCUGUUGAAUCCUAUUGUUGUGUGCAUUUAGUAUAUAUUUGUAUUCAGGUAAUGUGCACAGGAAAUACCUCACACUCUCUAGAAAAACACGUCCUGCCUUUUCAAAUCAACAUGAAGCAGAUUAGCUUGUGAUUUAAGGUGUGGUUUCGAAUUAUUUACCGAGAUUUACAAGCUGUGUGCAUUUCACUAAAUAUAUUAAAUACACAAACUUCAACAUAAUAUUUAGCCAAAGAAAAGAGACGUAAGCUGCUUUUGUUUCUCGGCCUAUUUACGCUGGAUUAGUUUGGUGCCGUGGCCACAAAUUAAAAACUUCGGCUGACUGACGUCCGAUUAAUUUUUAAAGUCUGUGCAUGGCCUUUUUUUUUUUCACCCUUCCAGCACAAUGUGUGACACGCAUGGUGUGUCAAUCCUAAUUCUUUCUUCCUGCAAAGCUGUUUUUUUGUGUGUGAUAAGGGGUGGAAAUCCCACAGAAUCAACAUUUACACAACGGGAAAAUAAAAGCCUCCGCAGAGACGCAGAUAAAAGGAAAUAUCUCAGAUGUGGUGGUGGUUUAUGUGGGUAAACUAACCACACCCUGCGAGUGUUAAAAGUCCAAAUAAACAACAAAUGUUUCCUCAUUCCAGUAUGUUCCUUAUCUGUUUUGUGUAGGCAAAUUAUGGGCGUCAGACAUUGUUGUAUACAUGUUUCUUAAACAAGCAGGGAAACUUUGGUCUUUUGUUGCAAAAUAGCCCUUUUUCAAUCUUCAGAUUUUUCAUUCUUCAUUGUGCAUUAAAGGGAUAUUCUGGCGUAAAAUUAAUUUAGGGUCAAACACACGGUAACACCGAGUUACGCACCCCCUUGAGAGAUGAAUGUUGCAGACCGCUUGCUUCUCUAGUUAUACAAACUUUAGUAACAACCGCAGGAUAGCAAUACACAGCGGUCUGAGGAGCCAUAAACAAACCUCAACCAAAACGCCACUCUAUAGUCACAAAUAAUGCUCAGAACAGCACCUAACUUCAUCAACAGUACAUACAGGGUCCUAGCCACAGCACUAGCCACAAAACAUCCUUUUAGCUUUGACUAAUUUCUUUAGCAAAGAGACUAAACACAACUCACCUAGCCUCUUCCAGCAGCCGCUUGUUUGUAGCGACACCUCAGGCCAGUCCAUUAUGGACUUCUGCGGGGUGACGCAGCUCAAGGAAGAACAUUUAUGAUCGUUUCUUAAUGGAAUGUAAUCAGACCGAGACGCUAAGGCAGAAGAAGUACCACGUCUGCGGUGCAAAAUUGUUAAUAUGGUGAUUAUUACUUCAAAGAAAUGAUAAAGAAAUGAUCAUAAAUGUUCUUCCUUGAGCUGCGUCACCCCGCAUCAGUCGGUAAUGGCCUGGCCUAAGGUCUCGUUACAAACAAGUGGCUUAUUAAUAUUCCUUUAAGGUCUUCAAAUGUGCAUAAAAUACAGCUAAAAGUUCAACAUCUCAACAGUUUUCUUUAUUUGUGUGUUCAGCUCCCAGCAGGUCACGUGGACGUCAGCGUUCUGGUCGCCAUGCAGCUCCUGAUCGAGCAGGUGACAUAUGAGAAGAACCAGCCUCUCCUGCAGCAGCUUCACACACAUCUGCUGUUCAACUUCAACAUCUGGAACAAAGGAGACUUCCCUCUCCGCAUAGGUCAAGACCUGAGUGUGAAUGAGUCUCAAUAUGAGUUUCUCUUUAUGAGUGUUAAUUUUUUUUACCAAAUGAUGUGUUUGUGUCCUUAUGAUGCAGGUCAUAUCCAGUACAUGUCCACGGUCAUCAAGGAUAACAGGAAGCAGUUCAGGAAAAAAUAUGGAGUUCAGUUUCUUUUGGACACUGUGCGCCUUUAUUACGGGUGAGUAAAAAGAUCAAACUUCUCCAACUUUUGUCCUUUUUUUCUCUAAGAAACCGCAAUCAUCUCCUCUUCUGUGCUUUUAGGAAGAACAGCAAUAAAGAAGGCGACCUGAGCGAGGAUGACGUCCGAACCAUCCGCGCGUCUCUCUGCGGCCUCAUCAAGUACUACAUCAGCAAGGGCAUGUCACAGGAGGAGAUGCACAGCCUUCUGGGAUACGUCGCUGCUAUUGGGGAUGAAGAACAGGUGGGGGGUGUUUUUUUUUAAACCUGAUGCAGAAAAGAGCGACACAAAGAGGAAGUGAAUAGAGCGAGCACAGCAGUUCAAAUCAAAGCAGUGAAUAGGAGGAACAGGACAUCAUUUUGGAGGAUUUUGCAUACUCACACAACCGUACAGAAAGGUGCCAGAUUAGAUUUGAAUGAAGCCAUCAUGUUGUGCUGGAUCAUGCUGUACUUAAACAUUGUUUCUCCAAGCUGAGGAUUGAACUGCUCCUUUAAUUUUGGAUCCAAAGAGAACAAGACUGAACAAAAGGUUAAUUCACUUCCAGCUUUACAGUCAGCGGUUAAAAAAAAAAAGCAAUCAGGCCAACAUCAAAGAAAUUUGAAGUCAUUAUGUCUAACAGGAUGACUCUUGUAUUCUUCAAAUGUUGAAUACCAACUUUUGUUGCUCUUUGAGGAUGUAAUAGUGACAGAAAAUGACCUUUCACUGCUGUUUUUUUUUUUUUUUUUUUUUUUUUUUAUUUGAACAAAAAUAACAUAACAUGACAUAAACCACCAAUAGACAGAACAGUAAUAAUCACAAAAACAAACAAACGAAGCUAAUUAAAAACAAUUAACACAAGCACACACCAAAAACAUCAUUACAACAUAAAACAUACAGUGCAUCAGCAAAUUAAAUAAAUAAUAAUAUAAUAAAGGGUAGGAGGAAAUAAAAUUAAAAAAAAAACAUCAAACAGUACACCAAGUUUUGCUUUCCAUUGUUUGUUUUUUUUUGUUUUGAGACUCUGCAGCGAUGCCUGCGCAGGCGGCUGUCGGCUCAUUUCCCGCCCGGCAGCUUCUCCACAUUAUUAUCAAACUAUUUCCCCUCUGUAAGCAUUACCCAUCACAGCGACUGUUUCCUGCAGCAGACCGCGUUAUCUGACUGUGUUCCUCUCCCACUGUAAAGCUCCAGCACCUGUUUAAAUGAGGCUGUCAGACGACUCCGUGUCCGUCAGCUAUUUUGUGAAAUCCAUUUCCUCCUCUUGUCACACCUCGUUUUAACCCCCCUCUUUUUCCUCUUUUGGUCCUGUCUCAUUUUUCAUUUUAUGUGUCACUUUGCAUAUCCUCUUACACCGCUGUGCUAUAUGUGGAGGCUUACAUCACUCUUUUAUGAGCGUGUGGUCGAUACAGCCCUCCUCUGCUGUGCAUCUGCUGUCUCCCUGACAAUAUAUUCUCAUUCAUUAAGUCAGUGAGUCUCCAAAUGCCACCCCCUGGAUGACUUAGACGUCUUCAUCUUUACCGUCUUUUUUUAUGUCGAUGAUUCUCAGCUUUGCACAAAGUCAAUAAAUGUCUACAUGAUUGUGUGUGUGUGUUUGUGUGUGUUGCAGUUAUGUGGAUUGCUAGAGUUGUUGCUCAGCCUUCUCCAAAGCAGCCCAGCCAAAGACCAGAUCUUCCUGCUCCUCUUUGAACCCGGUGCAGCCGACUCCUGCUACGCCCUCCUGCUCAAUAACAAGCACUCAGAUCGGCUACGAGAGCUUGUCUUCAAGGUGGGAAAACUAAUGAAUACAAAUGUGUUUUUAUGGUGUUCAAACAGAAACAGAAAAACAUUGUCUCUUUGUUUCCCCUCUCAGCUUUUUGAGCGAAUGCUACGCUGCGACCGCGUCUACGAGAGGAACAAGCAGCGUUUGCGGCUGAGGGAGGCGGGUUACGCCGGCCUGUCGCUGCUCUUCUCCGAACUUCACAUCACGCCCACUCUGAUUCGCUGUCUCCUUAACCAGGUCCUCCACACAGGUAUGUGACCUCCUUUCAUUAAAUUGAGUGUAUCAUUCUGCGUGGGCUGAUGCAUUUCAGUCGAUUUGUCAUUAACAGGGCUGUUUGUUUUGUUUCAGCAGUUCGAUUUUUACUCUCUGCUGCAGCCUGUGAAAUCAGAAACAGUUCAUUGAAUUGAUUAAAUCCAUUUUAGCGAAUCCUCAUGGAGCGUUGAAGCACUCCUGAAUGGAUUUACCAUAACUGAACUCCAUAUGUUAUCUUGGAAAGACAUUACAGGUGCUUGACAGGCUGCUUCCUGUCGUUAAAGAGUACAAAUCAAUGACAUGAAAGUGCAGAUUUAAUGCAAAAUGUUUCCAUUUGUCUUCAGACAACGUGGUGAACUACAAAGACCUGAUGUCUCUGGUGCAGCUCACUCACCGGGCCGGACCGAGCGUGCGCCUCAUCGUCUGCAAAAGGGUGAGGAAACACCUCUACUUAAACCUGCAGACACUCACACGAUUAAUUUUGUGUAUUGAUCGGCAGCAGACUCAGGAAACGACCGAAUGUUCCAGGGAUUGAUUGGAAUCGUCAGAAGCUUUCCACUUUCUGUACCCUCUCCAUCUUUGCUCCUGAGAGACUCAGCCUCUCUGGAAAGCUUGUUGCAAAUUCACUUAAUUAGUUUUGAGAUGUUCCUCCAAGUGUUUUUUUUUUUUUUUCCUUUAGCGGUUACACAACUUCUGUUUUAUUUUUUAUCUUUCGUUCAACUCUUUUUUUAACGGCAUCAAAUUAAAACUGAAAUUUGUCACGAAAUCAUCCAUUUUUUUGGCGUUGGGGUUGUCUUUGAGCAGCUUUGGUCGCAGUUCAACAGAAAAGCAAGUGGAAGUUUCAGUUCCCCACGUAACAAAUAAGCACACUUAAAAAGUGAGUUACGUCUCUGUGGAGCUGGAGGUUUGCGGUCUGUCGCCUUCAGCUCUUUGUGGCUUCUCCUUUGGAACAAAAACUUCCUUCAAGAUUUCCACUUCGAUAAUAUCACUGUUGUCGUCUGUAUUCCACUUAUUUGCCACUACAUUUGCCAAAACCACAUCCCUGCAACAGUGAGCGAUGCUGCUAAUAGGAAAUGCAGUCUUAAUUUCAGAAAAGAACAUGACAGAUUUUGUCCAAAGGGGGCGCCAGAAUCAACAAAGGAUAAAAACUCCCUACUGUGCCUUUAACUUCUUCUUAAACAAUGAGACAGCAGCUUAAAUUUUUGUCUCUAUCUCCUUCUUGACACUCAUAAUCUCAUAUUCGCAUGACUUGAGCUUCUUCCAGGAUGUUAUAAUCAAGAUAAAAUAAAUGAUCAAAGAAAAUCUCCUAAAAUAAACACAGUAUUUUGAUAAAGAAGUCAGCUAAUUGUGUUAAAUUGUAUCUUCCAGGUUGUUUUUCUCCUUUGAUGCUCCAGGUGUCAUGAAACUUUAAUCCCCUCCCUCCUCUGUCUUCAGGUGUACCAGCUGCUCCAGUCCCAACAGGAUGCUGCGGUCCAGAUUUCACGGCAGCAGUGUUGGCAGGACACUCUGAUGCGCCUCUACCUGCGCGGAGAAGGCUCUCUGCCGCUGAGGAGCGCCGACACCGCCAGCACCUGCAGCUUGGACUUGAAUCGACCAACAAGCGCCGGAAGCGCCAACCGGUUAGAGCUGCCGCUGGAGAGGAGGGGACGGGUGGGAAGCACAGGCCGCCUGGACCGCCUAGAAGACGACCGCCUCAGUAUAGGGGACACCCGUUCUGUGGACAGCAUGGAGAACGGGGAUGUCAUCUCGCUCCUGGACACGCCCUCGUCUUCUGCAUCCACGGAGCCGCAUCUACACAGCAAGCCUUGGGUGGUGGGGAAGUCAGGGGGCUUGACGUUGGAUCUGUCCCACCUUCAGGCCUACGAAGGAGGAGAGAGCGGCAGCCAAACGCCUGGCAGCAUGCCUAGCACGCCAUCACCGCUGGAGACCUCUAAGCCUUUCCCAGGGGGCUCCGGGGAUAGAGACCCUACCUCCUCUCUGACUGAAGACAGCUUUCUGUUCAGCGACAACAUCUCACUGGGGGAAUCCUUCAACAAUGCCGAGGUAGGUCAAGUGAUGCUUGUCGUUUCUCUUGUCCUGAUUGUGUAACCAGAGGCCCGUUCACUAAUGGGAUCACACAGAUGUUGCUGUUCUUGUCUUUGUGGUUUCGCUUUGUCUUCAUGAAAUAUGUAAGGUAUUCCAGGGAUAAUGCAUUAUCCUGAUGUCAGCAUUUAUUGCUCCUAAACUUGUGCGUGCUGCUCAGCGUUUAUGAGGCUCUCCCAGAUGUGUAAGCUACCCAUGCAGUAGCACUUAUCUACAUUUAUACCAUUAGGGCUGCUGGCUUUUGACUUCCUUUUUGCAGAAAAGGACAAGGUGUCCUUGAUUUACAAAAAGGAUGUCAAACUUUAAAUCUAUUUGAGCAUCAGGAAGAUGUUUUGAACUUUUACACUCUGAGUGCUGUACGCUUCUGCUUGGAAAAAUUAGCAGGUAUAGGGAAGAAUAAAAGGGGGUUGCAUUAUUGCCCCUCAUGAGUUCUGGCAGCAUUAACUUGGAAAACCAAACAGUAGCUGCGUUUACAUGGGCACACAUAAUCGGAAUAAAAAUGCGUCAUGUAAACAUGUCAGUUGGAAGAGUCUGAGCCAAUUCAGCGCAAUCGGAAAAAAUUGUAUUCAGAUCGAUUGGGGUUAGGGUUAGGGUUAUCGUUAUUCCAAGACUCGUCCAUUUAAACACUUCUUCCGAUCGUGACUCUCUAACCUGACUCAGUCUUCACUCUUUAUUUAUUGAGGUCAGUACAGGAGGUUUCAUUAUUAACACUCUCGCAUAAAACACAACAGCGGGUGCCGUGUCUGCUCCUCCGGUAACAUAACAAGGCGUACAUACAGCGUAAUGAUGUCACAUCUGCAAGUACAGCACAACCUUUGACAAAGCAGUAAUAUAAGUAAGCAAGGGUGCCAUCUCGUGACAGUAUUUAACAGGGGGGUCAUUCCAUGUCAAUUCAACCAAGAAUCUCCACUCACGUCACAGAUUUUGAUAAAAUUUGGUGGAGUGAUUGGCCUUCAGGAGAACCUGUCAGAUCUCAAAUAUUUUUGUUCAAAGCCAUCUAAUUAGUGAGAUAGGGGCUAACGAAUUUUUGGCUAAUUAGCAUGACAUGCGUUACAAAAGUGUUCAUAUCUGUGGAAGUAUGGCACCUAGAGAGCUGAUUCAGGUGUCAUUUUAAAGCUCUCAAGUUUUUGUUCAUAACAUUUUUUCCCAAAUUGGACCAGAAAAUAAUGAUAAAAGACCAAAAACUUAAAUUGGAAAUAGCAAAAAACGCGCGUCCUUCAAUUUUCUUCAUAUUUACACUAAAGAAAGACUAUCAUGUCCACUAGCAUCCCUUCAAGUUUCAAGAUGGGCAUUCCAUAACUUUUUGGGUAAUCAGUCUAAAUGUGUGGUACGUUAGGUCGAAAAUCGCCACAUUUGGCACAUUAUACAGUCCUGACCUCAACUGGAGUCAGCCCCACUUGCCUGCUUGUGUAAAAUAUUACUUCCUCAUAGUGCAAAAUGCUUCUUUGGAGUUUUUUUCAUUUGUAUGUUAUCCCAUAGUUAUAUGAAAAAUGGCUAGAAAAAUCUGUGACGUGAGUGGAGAUUCUUGGUUGAAUUGACAUGGAAUGACCCAGGGGGAAAACUGAAUUGGAUGAAGUGAGCAAAAGUCAAAAAUUUGACAACACAAGCGUCAAUACAACUCUUUUUCUUCUUGUUUUAGCAAAAUUCGACAACUCUGUGCAUUUCCAAACACUUCUGAUCGGAAUAAAACAUGGUGCACGUAUACACACACGUCAUGAUCGGAUCACUUGAUUUUGUGCCCAUAUAAACAGUGUAUUCAGAUUUUCUGACCCUUGAAAUAUUUAAUCAAAUCAAGAGAUUUUGCACGUGUAAACGUAGCUCAUGAUACCGACAUUCAUCAUCUUGAUUGUCAUGCAGUUAGACUCUGUGGUGCACUGAUGUGUUUUUAAUUGUUUUCACAGACAGUAAUUGUUCAGUUGUUGUUUGUUUCAUUGGAGAUGAACACCACCUAAAAUAAGAUUUUAAUUAAGCUCGCAGAGAAAAGCAGGUGGUGACAAACCCUCUACCAUAGCACACAUCCUCGAGUUUGCCUCCACACUCCUGAACAGCGAGUGCUUCCAACUCAGUGGGUGAAAUGUCACCGCCACCUCAGGGAGCACGGCGUUGACUUUCAUCUAAUGGACUCUUUUAGUCGUUUCACAGAGUUCCUGGAGGGCCGAGGUGGGAGAAGGACAGCUGGUCCCCUCCCGCAGCACGAGGCUGUCAAAUGUAGAAUAAAUGUUUCAUUUUUAAAAGAGCUACUUUGGGAUUGAAACGCAGCUUUUGAGAUUAGAGAGGGGGAUCAUACUUAAAGUCAGGCUGUCACAUGGCUUUGGGAGGAAUUAGAAAGAUUAAGUUCUGAAUUAAGGAAAAGCAUCCACACGUCGAGGACAUGCUUUAUCAUUUUUCUGUUAUCUACUCUUUCUGUUUUUGUGCUUCUGCUCUCAAACAUCAGCGCAACCUUGUUGAAUCUCAUCUCUUCUAAUAAUAACCCUCUCUGUUUUUGCUUCUCUUUCUCCGGUGUGUCGUCGCCCCCUAGCGGGCAGAAGAGGAGCUGUGCAACAUGCUGCAAGAGAUAAUACUCUGUGUGAUGUGGCGAGGAGUCGAAGGUUCGGAUGAUUCGGCGUGGCUGGAGCGCGGCCAGGUCUUCUCAGCUCUCACUAAACUGGGGACAGCGAAUGAGCUGCUGUUGCCUGUGGACCAAAUCAAACUAAGGUCAGGACUCUUUUUUUUUUUUAAUCCUCUCAGUACAGCACAGCUGAAAUCAUGUUGACUUCUAAAGGUCGGUCUUCCCUCUUUGUGUGUCAGUCUCAUGGAGCGCAUGUUGGAAUGGGCAGUGAGCGAUAACCGUGAGGCGUCUGCUGCCACGCUGCCGCAGCACACUGAGAACGCGGUGCGGCUGCUUCACAUGGUCCAGGACUUCCUGCAAGCAGAGGGUCUCAUCAACCCGGCUCUGUGGACAGAGAAGGUGUUGGAGGAGACGGUGACGCUGAUGGACAGCCUCAUGGUGUGGUACACAUCUGGCACCCAGUGGUUCCAGCUCUCCCAAGUGGGACUGAGGCUGCUGCUGGGCUUCAUGGCUCAGGAGGACCCAGAUGUGAGCUUUCCCUCUUAUCCAAUCCUGCAUUGUUUGGUUGAAAGGAAACACGAUAACAAGUAUGUUUCGUCUCAGGUUUGUGCAAUGGCCACCGCCAAGCUGAACGGCAUCCUUCAAACCAAGGAGGUCUCCAGCCAGGAUGAGGCCUGCUACCUGCUAGGCAAGGUGGAGGGCAUACUGCGGCGCUCCAUCCAGGAGCAAACCGAGGAGACGUACUCCUUCCUGGUUCCUCUGCUGCGAACGCUGCUCUCCAAAGUGCACCGGCUCCUCUACAUGGAGCUGCACCUCCCUCAGCUACCUGACACCAACGGCAGUCCGUCCUUCUUCGAGGACUUCCAGCUGUACUGUAACUCACCUGAGUGGCGCGUCUACCUCGACAAAUAUGUACGGGAGUCGAAAAUUUGUGUGUUUUUGAUCUUUUAGUUAAAAUCAAAAAUUUUCAAUCUUAUUCCUUAUCAAAUAUAUCAAACUUUUUUCGAAAUCAAGGUUGUAUAAACAAAAGUUUUCUUCCAUUUUGCCUUCAGAUUAUUCCGUACAUGAAGCAGUAUGAAAUUGAAACAUUCAGUCAGGGUCACGAGACCAUGGCUCUGUACUGGAAGGAGUGCUAUGAGGCCUUUAUGGUCAGCCUGCACAAGAGAGAGCGGGAGAGAGGGGAGAGCAAGAUUCGCUUCCAGGUGAGUUAAAGAAACACAUUCGAUGCAUGGAUCUCCUUCCCUGACAUCUUGAAGAUUUUUUGCACAGUAGUUCGGAAACCUCUUUUUUCACUCUGCUUUAAAUCAAAGUUUGACUCCCACUCUUUCUUCGUCUUCCAGGAGCAGUUUGUGGAGCCUUUCUCUCGCCGCAGCCGACAGGAGAACCUGCGCUACAACAGCAUGUUGAAGCAGCAGCACAGCCAGAACAGUGCCACCCUCAGGCAGUGGAAGGCAGCACGACGGGGUCUGGUGUGUGAGAGGGGGCCCUGGGCUGAAAGGUACAUCAGCUUCUCUCUUUUCUUUACUGGGCGGGUAUUGAAGCCAUCUUUACUUGAUGUGUUAUUCAAUCAAAUUAAAACAAUUUCAGCCCCAAAAAAGUUUAAAUUGAAAACAAGAAGAUCUGGAUUUUAACUGUGUUUCAUGACUUUUCCUUACAGGCACCAGGACGAGAUGCACUGGAGGGUGUCGAGUGCUGAAAACUUUUCCCGCAUGAGGCUGAAGCUGGUCCGGAAUUACAAUUUUGACCUGCACAGAGAAGCCAGCGGUCUGAGAGACAACCUUGGUGAGAGCGCAGAACCUCUGAGUGAACUUAAACUGAGCUUCUCUACACUUUUGUGAUUUGGUGGAUUUUCCCAUUUCACUUAAAUUCUUUAAUUUUUAAUUGAAAAAUUCCUAAUCCAAGUGGUUUUAUUGACCAAAAAUACUUCAACUCCUUCUCAAUAAGGGAUGUGAAGAUAAAGAGCAAGUAUGUGUACAGUACGAUAUGAUAUGAGGGACUCAUCCAGUCCACCAUUAAUACGCAGAUUAAAAAGGACUGACAUUGAAAAUCCUCUUAAAGCCAAACGUACAGGAUGUCUUCCUCUUCCAUUUACCUCAUGAGGAGGAUCAUCUUCUCUGCUCUGCUCUGCUCAGUGUGUUUUUUUUCUUACUCACAUCAUUUUCUUUCAUUUUUGAUGAGAUAAUAUUAGUCUGUAAUAUUUCUAAUGCAGCAGAUGUGAGAUUAAAGUUUUGUAAAGCUAAUCUUAAUCAGUCAUUAUUGUAACCAGGACAAAUUCAUCUACAGUUAUGCUUUAGGGGGUCUGUCAAAUAUUGAGUCUAGAGUCUAGAAACAGAUUUACUGCCAACACUUUUGAAUCAAAGCCUCCUUUUGUUUAAAAAAUUGUUAAAUAAUGAGUUUAGUUUGAAACAGAAGAGGAUAAAAUAGAGAUAUAUGCCCACUUAAUUAAUUUCACACACACAGAAAAAAGUAUUUAUCAGCAGCGGCGCAGUCUGAGAUCUCUUGGCAAAUAUCAGACAUAUGUGAUGAGAUCUUUCAGAGCUAUUUUAUCCCCUAAAACAUCUUUUUUAUACUUCAUUUACUUACUACUAUACUUCAUUUUUAUACUACUUUAUACAUCGGCUUUAUAACCAGCGAAAACCAGCUAAAACUUGAUAUUAUAAUCAUAAUGGAUCAAAUACCUAUAAGUGCAUUUUUCAAGAACAUAUUUCCUGUUGGGGAAACCUUUGAAAAUGCAUUUUGUCUUAAAGUCUUCCAGCAUUUUGAAAUAAAACUCUCACAUCCUUGUAUUUUAAACAAGUUACUGACCUUGCUGCUUGGAUUUGUCUGGCAGGAAACAGAUUGCUCGGACUCCGAUGGGUCUGGCAUCUUGCUGUGUGUUUAUCCUCUAAAGUUAGAUGUAUUUUUUCUAUUAAAGCAGGCCAGCAGGAGCUUUGGAGGUGUUAAAAUAACACUCUGCAUGUGUCAAAAUGAGUGAAAAAAACAUUUGAAGGAGAGGAGUUCGGAUGAGUGUUUCCUGAAGGUGAAAUGUCAGUAAAAUUGAUCUGUUUGUGUAGAUGUGUAUAUUUGUUUGUAAAUCUUUUCGUUCUGGAACAAAACAGAGGCUGUAUGAUGAGUUUGAAAGUUUAUAUCCGGUGUCAUGCGGUAUUAAGCACUCCACCGUCUCUGGAUGCCCCCUCGCAUUUUUUAAUCCUCUCCUGUCUCCCUGGCUUUGCACAGGCGUCCAUCAGCAGCGUGUAAACCCCGAGUCUCUGCUGCUGGAGGCUGUGAAGCAGGUCAAAGUCAGUGACCUGGAGGACGACAUCCUGGAGCUGCCAGAGGACGACCCCGCCGCUGCCAACAACCAGUCAGUCAACAACUACAGCAUCUGCAGAGCGACGUCAUCACAAAGAAAAUAUUAGUGCAAGAAUCACAGCCUGUUGUCAAUAUUUUGCAGGGUUGAAGCAGAGGAGGCGGGUCAGAAGGAGAAGCUGGUUCUGUGGGAGGACUGUGAGCUGGUGACGGUGGUGGACGUGGUGCCAGGCCGCCUGGAGCUCACCACCCAACACAUCUACUUCUAUGACAGCAGCCAGGAGAAGGAGGAAGGUGAGGAGGAGGAGGCAUGAUGACCUAAAAACACUUCAAAAAACUUCCACAUACACUAACUCUCCGCUUGUUCUCUAAAGGAGUGGGCCACGACUUCAAAUGGCCGCUGUCUCAGAUCAGAGAAGUCCACCUGCGGCGCUAUAAUCUCCGCCGCUCAGCUCUGGAGAUCUUCCUCAUCGACCAGACAAACUACUUCCUCAACUUCAAGAAGGAGACGAGGAACAAAGUCUACAGCCGCAUGCUGCUGCUGCGAUCCCUCAGCCUUUACGGGACCCGCUCACCGCAGGAGCUCCUCAAAGCCUCUGGACUCACACAGGUCAGGAUGGAGAACUUUGAGGCAAUAACACAAAUAAUCACACAUCAAACAGCCUCAACCAGUUCUUAUCUAUACAGACUAUUAUGCAGGAGUUAACUGAUUUCAUUGCCUUCAAGAGAGAAGUCAUGAUUUAAUCGUCAUCCUAUCUGUUAGCACACACACAGUUGGGAGUGGGCUAGUCCUAGGAUCGCAAACAAUGUAAUCUUGAAGAAUAGAUUUGAUCGGCUUUGUCUCCUCCUGAUGUAGUUUAGUUCACAAGGUGAUAAAAAGUUCCUCAGAAACUCACUUUUAAAAGUUGUUGCAUCCAAAAUAUCAGUCGGAUAUUUAAACUCCAAACACAUUUGUUUGGAUAACUUCAAAAAGUUAGGACACUUUUCAAAUCAAUGAUAGUGCAAGGACAGAGUACCAUGUGUUGAAACUGAAAAUAAUUAUAAUAAUGAUAAUAAUAAUAAUUAUACUACUAAUAAUAAUAUUAAUAAUAAAUUUUAUUUUUAGGCGCUUUUCAGGGCACUCAAAGACACCUUACAGAACAAUUAAAAGACAUAUCAGUAGAAAAGUAAAGUCAAUAAAAUACACAUAAACACAACCAAGUUUUAAAUAAAGAAGUAAGUCCAGACUCCGCCGCAGAACAUCAAAUGUUAGUCUGAGAAAAUGUUGUUGUGUUUAAGAAAAAAGGUCAAAACAGAGACGACAAAACGCUGAAAAAGUUUUGUAUUCCUAAAAAAAUACAAUACAAUUUUGUGAAAAAAAUGUUUGAGCCAACAGUUCGAGAAUUUCAAAAUAAUGUCCUUCAGUGAGUCUGAUUGAAUCCUACAAUACUCCCAGUGCUGGAUGGUAGCAAUCAAACUCUAUCUGAAAAAUAGGCAGGGCUCUGUAGUGGAAGUCUACGCAUUAAAGGGAUAUUCAGACGUAAAAUUAAUUUAGGGUCAAACACACUGUAACACCGAGUUAGACACCCCCUUGAGAGAUGAAUGUUGCCGACCGCUUGCUUCUCUAGUUAUACCAACUUUAGAAACGACCGUAUGAUAGCAAUACACAGCAGUCUGAGGAGCCAUAAAAGACCUCAACCAAAACGCCACUCUAUAGCCACAAAUAAUGCUCAGAACAGCACUUAACUUCAUCAACAGUACAUAUAGGGUCCUAGUCAUAGACUAGCCACCAAACCAAAGAGACUAAACACAACUCACCUACUCUCUUCCAGCAGCCGAUUGGCGAGACCUCAGGCCAGUCCAUUACGGACUGCAGCGGGGUGACUCAGCUCAAGGAAGAACAUUUAUGAUUGUUACUUUAUCAUUUCCUUGAAGUAAUAAUCACCAUAUUAAUACUUUUGCGCUGCAGACCCAGUAGUUCUUCUGCCUUAGCAUCUCGGUCUGAUUGCAUUUCCAUGAAGAAAUGGCUACAGAGUGGCGUUUUGGUUGAGGUUUGUUUAUGGCUCCUCAGACCGCUGUGUAUUCCUUUCCUGCAGUCGUUACUAAAGUUGGUAUAACUAGAGAAGCAAGCGGUUGGCAACAUUCAUCUCUGGAGGGGGUGUCUAACUCGAUGUUGUGGUGUGUUUGAAUCUAAAUUAAUUUUAUGCCAGAAUAUCCCUUUAAUACUAAACAACACAUACAGGUCUUGGAGCAACAUUUGCUGCCACUCAGACAAAGACCUUUUCAGGGGGAGAUCUUAUUUCGUCAAGACAAUGCAAAACCACAUGCUGCGUAAAUCUCAGCGGCACGGCUUAGUAUCAGAAGUGUUGCCUACCUGCAGUCCUGCCUCUUAAGAUUUGAGUUUUAUAGAGUUUCUGCUUUUAUUCCAGAAAUGGGUGAACAGGGAGAUCUCCAACUUUGACUACUUGAUGCAACUUAACACGAUCGCAGGGAGAACGUACAACAACUUGGCCCAGUAUCCUGUGGUAUGUACUGAACGCUCUGUUGAAAACUUUGAUUUCUGCGUUGUUUUUAGUACGUGAACUAACUAAGCAUGUCAACAGUUUCCUUGGAUCCUUGCCGAUUACACCUCAGAGGAACUGGACCUGUCAGAUCCUCGGGUAUUCAGGGACCUGUCCAAACCUGUGGCUGUUUUAAAUGAGCGCAAUGCAAAGGCUGUUAGAGAGAAGUAUGAUUUUUUUGUCCCUCAGUUACUGCCAUUAAUUAAAUCAUUGUUAUUUGUUAGGAAUAAAAAGGUAUAAAAACUGUUUGUUUAUCAGGUAUGAAAGUUUCGAGGACCCGACAGGCACCAUCGACAGGUUUCACUACGGCACCCACUACUCAAACGCUGCUGGUGUGAUGCACUACCUGAUCAGAGUGGAGCCCUUCACCUCCUUACACAUCCAGCUGCAAAGUGGACGGUAAGGCGGCUUCACCUCUCUCCUGUUAGUUCACAUUGGUGUAUGAAACUCAUCUGAACCCUCCCGCCUCAACUUAGGUUCGACUGUGCCGACCGGCAGUUCCACUCCAUCCCCGCAACAUGGCAGACCCUCAUGGACAAUCCCAAUGACGUCAAAGAGCUCAUACCGGAGUUCUUCUACUUCCCAGAAUUCCUCGAGAACCAAAACGGUGAAGAAACACACCUUUGACUUAACAUUUAAAUCUGACUUUUAACGUUUUUAAAGGGUGUGUUUUAUCCCUGCUGUCACACAGGCUUCGAUCUGGGUCGCCUGCAGAUCUCAAAGGAAAGGGUUGAUGAUGUUAUUCUGCCAAAAUGGGCCAAAUCUCCCGAGGACUUCAUCUACAAGCACCGCAAAGCCCUGGUGAGAGGCAGUUUAACCAUCCUUAUUGCACUGUUUGGUUCAAAACGCAGAGUCUAUGUCCGCUGACAAACUGGUGAACGUCUGAAAGCACCAUGUGUUACACCCACAAUUCAGCAUGGAGGUGGUAGUUCCAUGAUAUGGGGAUGUUAUGCAGGUGAUAGAGUAGAAGAUUUGUUUGAAGUAAAGGGUAUCAUGAAGACAGAACAGUACCACUCCAUCCUCCAGCACCAUGCUGCUCCAUUUGGACUCAGACUUGUGGGUCAUAAGUUUGUUUUGCAGCAAGACAAUGACCCUAAGCACACUGCCAAGUUCUAUCAGGGUUACCUAGACAAAAAAGAAGAGGAAGGUGUUCUUCAAAAGAUGAUUUGGCCCCCUCAGUCUCCAGACCUUUCUCCAACUGAGCUUGUGUGGGAUGAAUUGGAUCUUUUUAAUGAACUUAAGAAAGCUUUGAAUGCAAUCCCUGGAACAUACCUUAGAAAACUUGUGGAACGAGUGCCUGGUAUAUGCCAAGCUGUUGUUAAAGCCAGAGGAGGUUACUUUAAAGAAAGCAAAGUCUAAGCAACAAUAACUCAAAUACCUAAUAAUUACAGUCAAAAUGUCUUCUGAUAAGAUACUCUUUACACAAUAGUCAUGUUAAUUGUGUUGCAAAGUAUAUUAAUGGAACUAUGAUCUUUUUUUGUGCAAAUCUGAUCUUGCUUCCAAACUUUUGGCCUGUGGUGUAGUUCUGCAAGUUUAAGACAAUAUUGUGUCUUUUUAUUUGGAAACAGGAGUCAGAGUAUGUAUCAGCACACCUUCACGAGUGGAUCGAUCUGAUUUUCGGGUACAAGCAAAAGGGCCCUGCAGCAGUGGAGGCCCUCAACGUCUUCUACUACUGCACAUAUGAAGGUAAAACACUCACAACAGCUUCACGUUACGUCAUGAUUAGUUUCCUAAAACGCGCAAGACUCAAUCCCUGUGUGGCAGGAAAAACUGAAAGGGCUUUUGUUUGGUAACACAGGAGCCGUGGACCUUGAUGCAAUCACUGAUGAAAAGGAGCGUAAAGCCCUGGAGGGCAUGAUCAGCAACUUCGGACAGACGCCGUGCCAGUUACUGAAGGUGCAGAUGACUUAAUUUAAGGUAAUGAUGAUCUGUCUCUGUAUAGAUAGAUCAAAUUAAGACUUUUCUAUGUGUGGAUACAGGAGCCCCACCCUGUGCGUCUGUCUCAAGAGGAGGUGGAGAAGAGGAAAGCUCAGCUGGACUCGUGUCCCCUUAACAUGUUUGAGCACCUCAGCGACCUCAAGUCCUUCUUUGUCGAGGUUUGAUCUCCUACUUUCCAGUUGAUUUGAAGUUUUAACAAAUCAAAUCAAGCUUAGAGAUGUUAUUUUCUGAUUGUUUUGCAGGGCAUCAGUGACAAUGUGCCGCUUGUGAAGGCCGUGGUGCCAAAGAAUCAGUCACAUUCCUUCAUUACCCAGGGGAGCCCCGACACCAUGGUGAGCCCUGACAAAAUAACCAUCAGAGAGUUUAAUUCAACCGCCUGAUUUAACGUCUGUUUCUGCAUCGUGUGCAGGUGACGGUUAGUAAGAACUGCCUGGUUGGGACCCACGGGUGGCUGCCUUACAACAAGAACAUCUCUAACUACUUCACCUUCAUAAAGGACCCCACUGUGUCUAAUUCCAAGUGAGAAAAAACCCCACAGAGCAGACCAGAAAACACCAAUAAUAUUCCAAGACAGUCCUGUAAAUGAUCCCUUUUCUCCCAGGACCCAGCGUUUUCUGUCAGGACCCUUCGCCCCCGGCGUAGAGGUCACAGCCGGGUUGUUCGUCGUCUCCCACGACGGCAAGUUGCUCUUCAGCGGCGGUCACUGGGACAACAGCCUGAGGGUCACCUCGCUGGUUAAGGGCAAGACUGUGGGACAGCACAUUCGACACAUGGGUAAAAAAAAAAAGAAAAAAAAAAAAGCAUUUUUACAAAUUCUGGAUCUUUGGAGCUGUUACAGUGUUUGACCACCAGGUGGCUGCUGAGUUCAAGCUGAAUUUGCGAUAACAGAAGUCUGAAUCUGUUUUUUUUUGCGGUUGUGUGGUAAUUUGUGUGUUUUCCUUCACCUCUCUUCCAGACAUCGUCACCUGCUUGUCCACAGACCACUGCGGCAUUCACCUGAUUUCCGGCUCCAGAGACACGACCUGCAUGGUGUGGCAGGUUCUGCAGCAGGUAACGACAAACGAAUCAGUGAUUUACAACGCCUUUAAACCUAUCUGACCAAUCAGAAUCAGAUAAUCCAUCAUUUUUGUCAUCCUUGUGUGUCCUCAGGGAGGAGCUCCUGUGGGUCUUUAUCCCAAACCGGUUCAAGUGCUCUACGGUCACACGGAUGAGGUCGUCAGCGUCAGCAUCAGCACUGAGCUGGACAUGGCUGUGUCUGGAUCACGGGUAAGAACACGUACAACCACGCGCUUCUGUCAGUGUGUUUGCUAUUUGACGAGUUAGGUCCAAAUAUUAGGUACAGUUGAUGAUUCAUUUGUGUGUGUUUGCCGCAGGAUGGGACGGUGAUCAUCCACACGGUGCGGCGGGGUCAGUACAUGCGUUGCCUGCGACCUCCGUGCGACAGCUCCCUCCCGCUCUCCAUCCUCCACCUCGCCGUAUCCUGGGAGGGUCACCUGCUGGUCCACACCUGCGUAGAAGGCAAAGCGACACUGAAGGUACACAAGCUUGGUCGUGUGGCAACGGUGGAGGAGGCUUCAAGAGUGCAGGGGAGGUUAAACGAGAGAGUAGAAAUGAAGCAAAUUCGAUGGAGUUAAUGGUUUUUAAAUCAGUAGGACGGUGUCAAGCCUCCUCUCUUUCAAUCGUCUCGAACACACGUGGAAAUUUGCGAAACUUACAAAUCAAAAACACAAGGUCUCCUCCCGGUGGGACAUGUCUGGAACACCUCGAACAUGUGGAGGCGUCCAGAAGCCUUCUUAACCAGACGCCCGAGCCACCUCAGCUGACUCCUCUCGACGUGGAGGAGCAGCGGGAGGAGACCUCGUGGCCGGCCCAGGACCAAGUGGAGGGAUUAUAUCUCUCGCCUGGCCUGGGAGCGCCUGGGAAUCCCCCCGGAGGAGCUGGUGGAAGUGGCCGGAGUGAAGGCCGUCUGGGCUUCCCUCCUGAAGCUGCUGCCCUCGCGACCCGGGGAAGAAAACGACAACGACAAAUCAAAAGCUAAUAAAUCAAACUAGAUUCGCACAAAUCUAACUCCAGGAUGUUUUCUCUCUCUCCUCAGGAUAAAAACGCUCUCCAUCUUUAUUCUGUGAAUGGGAAACGCCUCUGCAGUGAGCCUCUGAAGGAGCAGGUGACCGACAUGUGUGUUUCAGGAGAAUACGUGGUCAUCGGCAGCGAGCAGGGUUACCUAUCCAUACGAGACCUCUACAGGUAAAGGCUCACGUUUCAUUUAAAGCUAAAAAAAACUCGCACAUUUUGUUCUUUUCGUUGCAAUAAAUAUGACGGUUAACUUUUUUUCCGCUAUGCAGUCUGUCGUUGAGUGCAGAGCCGAUGGCCAUGCGCGUCCCGGUGCGUUGCGUCUCCGUCACCAAAGAGCAGAGCCACGUCCUGGUGGGCCUCGAGGACGGCAAGCUGAUCAUCAUCGGCGUGGGCAAGCCGGCGGAGGUAAAGAACUCGCUGAGGAACUACAUCGCUCAGAGCCUGGAGGGAUCGCCGCUCAUGGCCUCCCCUCUGCUGGCCCCGCUCAGAGCCCGCUCGCCAACGCGCCUGCUGCACCAGCGCGACCAGCUGGUGUUCACUCCUUCCUCCAACACCCUCAAACCCUAGCAGCUCCACCCCCCACCCUCCCUAUGCUUACACCACUGUACACAUCCAACAUAGAUAAACCUGCUCCACACGUCACCGGCGUUGCAAAACUCAAACUCGACGCCCUCAGCGACCUUUUGAAUCACCUCUCCGUCUCAGGGAUGGUUGUCACCCGCAGCCACGCCACCUGAAACACACACACACACACACACACAUUUAAAACCACAGCCACUCAGAUGUAACACAUUCCUUCGGCACGUAGCUGAGCAGACAACUGUGAUCAGAAAACGACUCAUGUGCUUACCUCAUUCUGUAUUCAAGAUUUUGGCGCCGGUGCAAUAUUUGACUUGAUUUGGCCAUCGACCCGGGAGAAACUCCAUCCCAUGCUGUUUACCUAAAGUGUCAUUACGUUACAUGUCUGAGUGUACUCCACAAAUAUAACAAAUAUGCUGUGAAACUUAUUAACGCUUCUGCAAACCAAGCCAUACUAACGAUGUAGCUACAAUCUUCAAAUGCAAACGAUCCGCCUAGCGCCAAGUUAGACUCAAGUGUUUUAUAAUGUAAAUAAAGAGUUAGAGUAGAUGUCAGAGGCUGAUACAGGUAGUCCUCCCUCUGAUUUGUUUGAAUCACCGCUCUUCCUCUUUUUGUUUACUCCUUAGAUUGAAUGAAUCACGCUUGAUUACUUUCUUAAAUCCAGUCAAUCAAGCUGCAGUGAACCAAUCACUCAUGAAUCAUAUCCCCUCCUCCUUUUUUUUCUCCCGUUUCCUUUCACUUCACGCUUUUCUUUCUCCCUCUCCUCCUCCUCCUUUUCCUCUUCCUCUCCCUCCACUCUUCCCAGAUGCGUUCGGGCCAGAUCACGCGGAAGCUGUGGGGCUCCAGGAGGACCCAUAUCUCCUCGGGGGAGACAGAAUACAACACCUAGUGCCGCCCACCCGCCGCCACAGACCCCGCCUACCCCGCUUCCCCUCGCCCCUCCUUUUCCAACGCACAUCCCACAUUCCUCUCACCCUGUCCUCCCUCAUACCUGUCGAUCACCAAACAGGUUCUGUUUGUUCUGUUUAAUGAAUGUGCUCUCCUGGUUUUGUGGUGCUUGAAACUUUGAGCAGUACAAAAUCUGUUUGUCGUGUUAUUUUUUGUGUGUGUGUUCACGCUUUGGGUUGACCAAACGGCGCCGGCGCUGUGGUUCGGAUUCAUAAGCAGCACCACACCACAACACAACCAAGCAUCUGAUUAGCAUUAAUUCGACAGAAUCUGUCAGCUAACUGCUCUCCAUCGUGUCUCUGCGUCUGUUUGUGUCCGUCACUCUGAUUUCAAGUGGCCUUUUUUUGUCCCUCCUUAGUUUGCCUUUGACGCAGACAGGCGGGCCCGCGCUCUGAAGGCGGAUCCUUUUCAUGGUCGCCUCAAAGCUGCCCACACAGCAGCCUUAUGCAGUAAGACAGCUCCAUCGCUCACAAGACCAAACUCUCUGCCUUUCCUAUGCGUUUUAUAUGUGUAUAUACCUGUGUGAGUGUGCGUGUGUGUGUUUGUUUUUUUACCAUGGAUCUCCUUCUGUGUUUCCUCGUUUUGUUUUUUUUAAGGAUAUAUGCAUGUGCCAAUGAAGUUGGCAUCUGUUCGGCAUGGCAUUUAUAGUCGGUGAUGAGGUUAGGUAGCAGACACAGUGAUUGGGAACAUGGAUACACUUGGAUGCAGAUGUCUUGUUUUGUUCUAGAAACAUCUUACACACAUUUAGAAACAGUAUCCGUGGUGUUUGUCUUUUAUGGAGCCUCUGAAUUCCCAUUGGUGAUCAUUUAAGUCUUAUUAAUGACCCCACAGGGAAAAAGUUGCCUUGUGUGUAAAAGUCCUAAUCUUGUGCACAAGAUGCAGUCUUGCACAGACAGGUUAACUAUCUUGUGCGUUAAGGUUUUAAUCAAUUCCCUGUGCACACAAGUUACUGUCUUGUUUCAGCCUUUCAAAAGCAGUGUUUGUCGUGCAAAUUUAGUCCACUUUUCCUCGGUUAGGACGCUUUUUAUCCGCGCAGUAGCCCCAUUUUUGAGGAAAUGGCGAAUUUACCUUGUGACGGAGCAGCACCACAUGAAUUAAUGGCGUUUAGGAGCCAACAGUGUAUGCAUUCCCGGACUGUAAGUUAUUAACAUAUGAGUAUGAGAUAAUCACCUUUGCAGGACUUUAGUUUAUGUUGAGUUAUAUAAAGAGUUUAUCACAUCAGUUAUUAACUUGUGCGUGCAAGAUAAAGUGGGACUCCAGGGGCUCCAUAACCUUCAAUGUUUAUUAAGUUAUAUGAAGACACUACAGGAAGAACGCUACACUCUCAAAGUCAAGACGCUUCCAUGACAGUAAAAUAGUUCAAAGUUACUUGAAAGGAUGUUUAUUUAUAAGUCAAAGUAGCAGUUUUUUUGAAUCACAUUUAGUUUGAUUUCUGAUGCUAGUAUGGUUUAUGUAAAUCUCCGAUGAUUGUUCAGACGGCUGUAAAAGAUGAAUUCCUCAAGGGCUUUUUGAGAUGUCAGUGUUAUCAGCAAUACAGCUCCCUCGCCGGGCGGCUGUUGAUGCUUUCUUGCUGUUUUUUUUUUUUCUCUUCUCUGUAAGCCAUGCCUCUAUCUCUCGUCUUCCUACAGUGAAACUACCCAAACUCCCAUUCUUCCUCGCCAAAAAAUACCGCAGUUAGCGUUCAUCUGCAUCGUUCUGUGUUUUUUUUACAUCUCAUUCCUGCUCAUCCUGAAGUGACUGAUUUUAGAGACGUUAAAACGGUUCACAUGUCUCGUUUGUUUGUACAUGUUGUAUGAAUGGAAAUCUGUGAUAUCAGACUCACACACAAAGAAGCCACAGUACAAAGCUCCUGUGGAUUAGACUGUGUGGUUUAUAUUUUUGCACCAUACCUGUUCGUGUGAGUGUAUUCAAGUGUGUGUGAGGACAUGCCGAUGAUGCGUGUUUAUUUUUUUAUCGCCAAAUCCUUGAUUUCAUCGUCCAUGUUUCUGUGAACCGAAGUCACGUGUUCGGGGGGGGGGUUACCCUCCUUUUUUUCUAACGUGCUGUUGUAAUUAGUUCUUAUUUAAAUGUCACGGACAAGAAGAGUGCAAAGACCAACCUGUGUCCUUCUUUUAAGAGAUUUCUGUAAAAGGUGCAGCUUUCAAUGCAGCUUUUUUUCUUUCAUUCAUCCUCAUUUGUCGUCCAGACAAAAAGACCACUGUUUGAAUUUGCAUCAAACGGAGUGCCUUUAUCCCAGUGUGUGAUUAACGUAGAGCUAGUUUCUCUCAUUGCUGAAGCUUAACACCCCUGACUUUACGGAGAAAAAAAAGAGUAAACGCAGCAUUCCAGAAGUUAAACCUCCUCCAGCCAAGAGGACUAUACAGUAGGACUUGAGAGCAAAAUGACAAAGUACUAUUUUGUGUCUUAGCAACAUUCUCUGUGACUGUCAUCAAAUGGAUGUGUGUAUAUCUGUGAUUAUUUAUGAAUACAGUAUAUAAUGUACAGCAUGAUUUUUAUUUCUGCGUAUUUGAAAUGUACUUUUGCACUUUCCAGGUACUAAAUUGUAACAAAUUGUUUUAACUUGGCUCCCUAAUCUGUACAAACUGCUUUGUAUACACAAGUGGAAAAUGAUCAUUAAAGUCUUGUCUAAAUUUAA